AUGAAGGGCUUUGCACCUCUGUCGGUCUGGGUAUUAUUAUGUCUAGUCUGGAUUUAGCCUUACAUAGCCAGUGUGAGACUUCUGAGUACUGUGCUUCAUUACCUGGGUUCAAAUACAUUUCAGUAUCUGCUAUUUAAAAUACUUUUUUCUGUGUAUAUGAGUUUUUCAAAUACUUUCCAAGUGUAUUUCCAAAUACAUUCAAAUAUUCAACUCAAAUAUAUAUCAGAAUACUUUGAAUGUAUGUGAAAGUAAUUGAGAUAUUUGAAAUUGUAUUUGAAUCCAGGUCUGUUCAUUACGUUGACUUAUGUAAUACUCCAGGUGUCAUGGUUUGCCCUUGCCUUACCCCAUUCUUUAGCUUCUUUAAUCUGUGUCAAGUGAGGUUGAAUUAUUAUGUGCACGGGUGCGCUUCACACUGCUACGACUUGGUAGCUACGGAACCAAAACAGCAGAGAGGUUUAGCCUCGCGCUUCAACGCUCUUAGUUGUUGCGGAACUUGACCCACUAUGUGUUUACUUUGUGCAUGCAAUGUCAUCUCGCUGAGUCUGCCUUUUAGGCAUAAUUGUGAACUUCCUGGUUUGUGCCCCUGGCAGGUUGCAGCAGAGACCCCGUGCGUGGUGUUAGAUGAGGCUCCAGCCAGGUGUGAGGAGGCUCCCAGAGAGGAGGAGGAGUCAGGGCCGCAAGUGACCCCACCCCCGCUGGGCCUCUGCCCCGCCCCCACCACUAGCCUCUCACACCAGGAGGAGCACACAGAGGAGCAGCGACUACAGUUACUGGUGAGAACAAAUACAUUAAUGCCACACACGCGCACACACACACAUGAUUGCUCCACUCACCUCGUACAAUAUACAACCCUGUCAUGGCUAGUUAGACUGACACAUAAACACAUGCACAUACCUCUUGUUAGAGACUGGACAGAUAUCAUGAGUGGGAUAUGAUGUAAUGCUUGCUUGUAGUCUGGAGGAUGGCCUUAUUGAUGCGUAUAGAUAAACCAAGCAUUAAUGCUAUGGCUGAUGGCUCACAGACAAACAAUCGUUAGAACAAAUUAGGCCACAGGUCUUCUGCUUUUUAAUUAUCAAUAUUGCCCGCACCCCCCCACCAUUAAGCUGUUGCAUCUAGUCAGUCAAUUAGCCACUGAGUCCCCCCACACAGCACACAUAACAGUCCUUCUGCGGUCAUCAUAAUGCUUGGUUAUACUGUUGUGUCUGGCGAUGGAUGUUGAAAUAAGCUGAUUUUUCCAAUUUCGCUGGGGGGGGGGGGCUGCAUGAGUCUGCAUGUAAGCUGCAUUUAGAGUAAUUAAAAAAUGCUAAGCUUGGUAAUACCUCGUUGUUACCAUGUCAAAGGUCAAUAUGGAAAUCAAGGGCUUAUAAUUUAUUUUGGAUCCAAAACAGAUUGAUCGUGAUUUGUGCAGACACUUUUUGUCAAACACAAAAAUGAUAUGUUGAUAUGCUUUGACAUCUGAUAUACAAGACAGGGUAUCAUAUACAUAGUACUGUAGCUGGAUAAAUAGGCCUGUCACAUUUAGGAAUAGGCAACCAAAAACAACACUAAAAGCUCCUAUUUCAAACACUGGUCAGAUUUCAAUAGGGCGAAUAUGGAGUCAGAUAUGGAUGUUUCUGACGCGUGUAGGUCGUGUAGUUGCUGUAACGUGACAUGCUCUGGCUUUGUUCCAGGAACGCGAGCUGAGUAAGAAGCGAAAAGAAUGUGAAAACCUCCAGCAUGACGUAAGGAAGAGACAGAAGAAAUGUCUGGAUUUGGUAAGAAAUCCUCAGGGCCACGAAGGGCCGUCCACUCGUGUGUUUGUUAACUACUGUACUCUCAGGGUGCUACUACCAGUGCACCAGGUGUUACGACCAGCGGAGGCUGGUGGAGUGAGAAUAUCCCACUGAAAUGGAAUGAAUAGAACAGUAUCAACCACAUGAAACACACGGUUCCAAUAAUUCCAUUCCAGCCAUUACAAUAAACCCAUCCUGAAAUGAAAGUGACACCAGCCUCCACUGAUGACAGCACUAAUGUUACGACUGUACUACAGUAUAAUGACUAUAUUCUCUCUGACUGGGGCUGAUGAGAUAUAAUGGCUUCAUCCCUGGCUGCUGAAUCUGAGUCUUGUCUUCUUGUCGUCGUUGGUGCUCUGACAGGAGAGCCUGCUUGAGGAUGAGCAGGGCAAAAAUGAGCGACUAGAGGAGGAGGCAGAUCUCCUCAGGAGGAAGGCACAGCUGCUCAACCAGGUCAGUCUCCAUUCUAUUCUAUUUUUUGAGGGCCUCUUUGUGUUGUUUUGAUGACAGAAUAAAUCUCUACAUUAUGGUUCAAAUGGGAACCCUCAACUGUCUUUUCUGUCGUGAACCUUCAGUAGACCGGAAGGGCUUCUGUUUCUAUGUUGGUAUGGGACAGUAUUUGUUUUGUGUCUGUCCUUCUCCUGCUAGUCCUGAGGAAUGUCAGUACUCUCUCGCUCUCUCUCUCUCUCCUCUCGCUCUCUCUCUCCCCAUCCCUCUCUCUCUCCCAUCCCUCUCUCUCUCUCUCUGCCCCAUCCCCCCUCUCUCUCCCCAAUCCCUUCUCUCUAUCUCUCUCUCCCAUCCCCCCUCUCUUCUCCCCAUCCCUCUCCUCCCAUCCUCUUCUCCCCUCCUCCCUCUCUACCAUCUCUCUCUCCCGCAUCUCUCUCUCUCCCCAUCCCGCUGCUAAUCUCUCACCCCCACCCUCCUAACCCCGCUCUCCCUCUCCCCCCAUCGCCCCCGCUCCUCCCCCCACUCCGCCUCGCUCCCCUCCUCUCCUCCCCCUCUCUCUCCCCGUCUCUCUCUCUCUCUCCCCCCAUCGCGUCUCGCCCCUCUCUCCCAUCCUCUCACUCUCCCCUCUCGUCCUCCCUCCCUUCUCUCGAGCAUCCCUCUCUGCCGACUCUCCCUUCUCUAUCUCCUCUCAGCCUUUCCUUCCCUCUCCUCUCUCCUCUCUCUCUCUCUCUCUCUCUCUCUCUCCCCAUCCCUCUCUCUCAGGCCCGGGUUGAGAAUGAGGAGCUGAGGGAAGACCUCUCUGAAGUGACCGCUCAACGUGAUUCAGUUCUCGAGGAGAACCAGAGCCUCCGUGCCAAACUGGAGAACCUAGAGCAGGUCCUAAAGGUACAGGCUCACCUCCAGUCUUCUGUUGCUACACUUCCAAGUUUCGUUCACUUGGCUAUUUCAGAACAAAUGUGAAGAAUCCGGAGAUCCCUGGGACCAGGUUCACUUUGACUACAAACAGAGUAGUGUUAGCAUUUAUUAGUAGUGUUGCCAGUAUGCAUUUGCUAGUAGUGUUGCCAUUUUCAUUUGCCGCAUGGAAGCCGAGUGUACAUACUACAGAGUAAUUAUGUAAGUGUUGUGUGACCACAUGAAAUACGUGUCUCCUUUGAUGCUUGCAGCAUAUGCGAGAGGUCGCCGAGCGAAGGCAGCAGCUGGAACUGGAACAUGAGCAGGCACAGGCUAUCCUCAAGUUCAAACAGGAUGAGAUCAAACGGCUACAGCGGGUGAGCAGCACCAUACAUGGCCUCUGAUCCUCUGUAGCUCAGUUGGUAGAGCAUGGUGCUUACAACGCCAGGAUAGUGGGUUCAAUUCCCAGGACCUAUAUGUAAAAUGUAUGCUUAUAUGAAAAAUAUAUCUAAAUGGCAUAUACAGUGCAUUCGGAAAUUAUUCAGACCCCUUCCCUUUUUCCAUAUUUUGUUACGUUACAGCCUUAUUAUAAAAAGGAUGACAAAGCGAAAACAUGUUUUUAGAUAUUUUUGCAAAUGUAUUAAAACAUUGCUAUGAGACUUGAAAUUGAGCUCAGGUGCAUCCUGUUUCCAUUGAUCAUCCUUGAGAUGUUUCUACAACUUGAUUGGACAUGAUUUGCAAAGGCACACACCUGUCUAUAUAAGGUCCCACAGUUGACAGUGCAUGUCAGAGCAAAAACCAAGCCAUGAGGUCGAAGCAAUUGUCCGUAGAGCUCAGAGACAGGAUUGUGUCGAGACACAGAUCUGGGGAAGGGUACCAAAAAAUGUCUGCAGCAUUGAAGGUCCCCAAGAACACAGUUGCCUCCAUCAUUCUUAAAUGGAAGAAGUUUGGAACCACCAAGACUCUUCCUAGAGCUGGCCGCCCUGCCAAACUGAGCAAUCGGGGGAGAAGGGCCUUGGUCAGGGAGGUGACCAAGAACCCAAUGGUCACUCUGACAGAGCUCCAGAGUUCCUCUGUGGAGAUGGGAGAACUUUCCAGAAGGACAACCAUCUCUGCAGCACUCCACCAAUCAAGCCUUUAUGGUAGAGUGGCCAGACGGAAGCCACUCCUCAGUAAAAGGCACAUGACAGCCUGCUUGGAGUUUGCCAAAAGGCACCUAAAGGACUCAGACCAUGAGAAACAAGAUUCUCUGGUCUGAUGAAACCAAAAUGGCCUGAAUGCCAUGCGUCACGUCUGGAGGAAACCUGGCACCAACAGUGAAGCAUGGUGGUGGCAGCAUCAUGCUGUGGGGAUGUUUUUCAGCGGCAGGGACUGGGAGACUAGUCAGGACCGAGGGAAAGAUGAACGGAGCAAAGUACAGAGAGAUCCUUGAUGAAAACCUGCUCCAGGGCGCUCAGGACCUCAGACUGGGGCGAAGGUUCACCUUCCAACAGGACAACAACCCUAAGCACAUAGCCAAGACAACGCAGGAGUGGCUUCGGGACAAGUCUCUGAAUGUCCUUGAGUGGCCCAGUCAGAGCCCGGACUUGAACCCGAUCGAACAGCUCUGGAGAGAACUGAAAAUAGCUGUGCAGCGACGCUCCCCAUCCAACCUGACAGAGCUGGAGAGUAUCUGCAGAGAAGAAUGGGAGAAACUCCCCAAAUACAGGUGUGCCAAGCUUGUAGCGUCAUACCCACGAAGACUUGAGGCUGUAAUCGCUGCCAAAGGUGCUUCAACAAAGUACUGUGUAAAGGGUCUGAAUACUUAUGUAAAUGUGAUAUUUCCUUUUUUUGUUUGAAGAAAUUAGCAAAAAUAUCUAAAAACCUUUGUCAUUAUGGGGUAUUGUGUGUAGAUUGAUGAGAUAAAACAAAACAAUUGAAUCCAUUUUAGAAUAAGGCAGUAACGUAACAAAAUGUGGAAAAAGUAAAGGGGUCUGAAUACUUUCCGAAUGCACUGUAUCAUUGUUUACUCUCUCUUGCCUCCUAUACAAUAACCAGUGCCCAGCCCGCCUUAAAUACAAGGCUCAGCUAUAUAACCACAACUGCCAAGAAACCCUGUUCCCAGCAAUCACUCAGCAAAACCCAAUCAACUAAAAUAAAAUUGUCCAGUAGGAGGCAGCCGUUGGGUGCAAAGUUGGUUGUUUAGUUCUGGGGGGAACUAUUGAGAAGGACUAGAUGUGAAAUAAGAAACGUUAAAAAAUUACACUUUGUGUGUAGAAUCAUUAAACAGUGUUCAUUUUUCCAUUCAACAGGCUGAGUUUUUUGCCAAGAGGGAGCAUGAGGGGGUGGUACAGAUGCUGGAGGUAAGUCUGGUCUUGAUCUUCUAUUUAAAUGGUGCCAAUAGAGAUCUAGAUCUUGUAUUUCUAUGGUGCCGAUUGAGAUCUAGAUCUUGUAUUUCUAUGGUGCCGAUAGAGAUCUAGAUCUUGUAUUUCUAUGGUGCCGAUAGAGAUCUAGAUCUUGUAUUUCUAUUGGUGCCAGAUAGAGAAUCUAGAUCUUGUAUUUCUAUGUGCUGCAGAUAUGAGAUCUAGAUUCUUGUAAUUUCUAUGGUGGCAGAUAGAGAUCUAUAUCUUGGUAAAAAAAAAAACAAACAAUUUUUCUAUGGGUGCAGAUAGAGAUCUAGAUCUUGUAUUUCUAUGGUGCCGAUAGAGAUCUAGAUCUUGUAUUUCUAUGGUGCAGAUAGAGAUCUAGAUCUUGUAUUUCUAUGGUGCAGAUAGAGAUCUAGAUCUUGUAUUUCUAUGGUGCUGAUUGAGAUCUAGAUCUUGUAUUUCUAUGGUGCUGAUGUUAUUUCUAUUGGUGCAGAGGUGUGGUUGUUGUAGUUCUAUAAACACUACGUUAUCAGUCCCUCUCUUUCACAUGAAGGUAGCCUGACUGUGUAACACAGGACUGUCUAUACAAGGCAGGGCCUCCCUCAACAUGCUAUAGUAUAGGCCUACAGACUUGGCUAAUGAGACUGAGGUGAAGUUGCUCGCUCGGGAACAGAUCAAUUUGAUCAAGCCAAAAAGUUGGAGGGUAUGGAGUGGUGACAGGAUAAUCACUAGAUUUAUCUUGAGCGAAUGGUAGGCCGGAACUAUACAAAUCAACUAUUGACCGCAAAAGCCAACAAUUUAUACCAAACUAUAAUUCAACCUUACAUUGUAUACGAUCACAUUUUCUCUCUAUUAUUUGUGGGAAUACUUUGGAAAAGAUUUCCAAAAUAAAAUCACUGGAGCUCCAUUGCUGUUUUUUUUUACAGUAUUCUAUGUCCAACAAUUUAAACAAUGAAAAAACCUCCGACAGCCUGAUCAUCAUAGUGUAUAUUGUCAUUGUGUCGGUAAACCCUUUGUUAUACAUUGUGUUAAUGUGUUGUGUUUCUCUGUGUAAAUGAAGUGUGUAUGUAUUCUGUUGUAGGACUUGAUCCAGCUUGUGUUGCAGAGGGAGCUGGUACAGUACCGUUACGCUCCUGUUUUGUUUGAAUUGCUCAUUACAAUUUCCCCUACUCUCUCUCGAUCCUUCUUUCCAUCUCUUUAUCUCUCUAAACAAAGAACAUCACUUGUAAAAGUCUCUCUCCCCCUCCAGAGGAGGUAUAGAAGACAGAGAGAAAUAGUGAUGGAGAUCAUAGGGAUAAAAACGGACCGUAUAGUUGCUAUCUCUAUGAUUUACGCUGACGGAGCCCUGGACUCCGAUUGCAGUGUGCCUCUAAUCUAUUAACCAUGUUUUUCUUCCUCAACUCCACGUUUCACAAGCAUGAGUUUGUUUUUGAAGUGCUUUUUCUUUUGUGCUUUCUUUCCCUGCUAACCAGACUACACUGGACUGCAUGCAGGUACCAGCAACACAAAGCCUCUGUCCUGAUGCUCUAGCUCAGAUCCCAACCUCAUCCACCCUGUUCCCAACCCCCACCUUAAGCCUCUGUGUAGAUAGAUAGACAGACUACUACACCUUGACUUUACAAAGGCCUAGACACGCGUGUCCUUGCAGCAUGUAGUGGCUAGUUAGUUUGAGAAUUAAGGAGAAAUGUACAGUACCAGUCAAAAGUUUGGACACACCUACUCAUUCCAGGGUUUUUCCUAAUUUAUACUAUUUUCUACAUUGUAGAAUAAUAGUGAAGAUAUCAAACUAUGAAAUAACACAUAUGGAAUCAUGUAGUAACCAAAAAAGUGUUAAACAAAUCCAAAAUAUAUUUUAAAUUUGAGAUUCUUCAAAUAGCCACCCUUUGCCUUGAUGACAGCUUUGCACACUCUUGGCAUUCUCUCAACCAGCUUCAUCAGGUAGUCACCUGGAAUGCAUUUCAAUUAACAGGUAUGCCUUCUUAAAAGUUAAUUUGUGGAAUUUAUUUCCUUCUUAAUGUGUUUGAGCCAAUCAGUUGUGUUUGGUGAAAGACCAAGUCCAUAUUAUGGCAAGAACAGCUCAAAUAAGCAAAGAGAAACGACAGUCCAUCGUUACUUUAAGACAUGAAGGUCAGUCAAUAUGGAACAUUUCAAGAACAUUUCAAGAAGUUUCUUCAAGUGCAUUCGCAAAUGUGGACCGCCACAGGAAUGAAAGACCCAUAGUUACCUCUGCUGCAGAGGAUAAGUUCAUUAGAGUUACCAGCCUCAGAAAUUGCAGCACAAAUAAAUGCUUCACGGAGUUCAAGUAACAGACACAUCUCAACAUCAACUGUUCAUAGGGGACUGUGUGAAUCAGGCCUUCAUGGUUGAAUUGCUGCAAAGAAACCACUACUAAAGGACACCAAUAAGAAGAAGAGACCUGCUUGGGCCAGGAAACACGAGCAAUGGACAUUAGACUGGUGGAAACUUGUCCUAUGGUCUGGAGUCCAAAUUGGAGAUUUUUGGUUCCAACCGCCGUGUCUUUGUGAGACGCGGUGUGGGUGAAGGGAUGAUCUCCGCAUGUGUAUUUCCCACCGUAAAGCAUGGAGGAGGAGGUGUUAUGGUGUGGGGGUGCUUUGCUGGUGACACUGUCUGUGAUUUAUUUAGAAUUCAAGGCACACUUAACCAGCAUGGCUACCACAGCAUUCUACAGAGAUAUGCCGUCCCAUCAGGUUUGGGCUUAGUGGGACUAUCAAUGGUUUUUCAACAGGACAAUGACCCAACACACCUCCAGGCUGUGUAAAGGCUAUUUUACCAAGAAGGAGAGUAAUGGAGUGCUGCAUCAGAGGACCUGGCCUCCACAAUCCCCCGACUUCAACCCAGUUGAGAUGGUUUGGAAUGAGUCGGACCGCAGAGUGAAGGAAAAGCAGCCAACGAGUGCUCAGCAUAAUUGGGAACUCUUUCAAGACUGUUGGAAAAGCAUUCCAGGUGAAGCUGGUUGAGAGAAUGCCAAGAGUGUGCAAAGCUGUCAUCAAGGCAAAGGGUGGCUAUUUGAAGAAUCGCAAAUAUAAACUAUAUUUUGGAUUUGUUUAACACUUUUUUCUUUACUAAAUGAUUCCAUAUGUGUUAUUUCAUAGUUUUGAUGUCUUCACUAUUAUUCUACAAUGUCAAAAAUAGUAAAAAAUAAAGAAAAACCCUUGAAUGAGUAGGUGUGUCCAAACUUUUGACUAGUAGUGUAAAUGUGACCGGUGAUACCCUGAUUAGGGCUGUGACGGUCAUAAAAUUUUGUCAGCCGGUGAUUGUCAAGCAAAUAACUUCCGGUUUCACAGUAAUUGUUCUUUAAUUAACAUAAACACAUUUAGCAUAGCCUACAAGCCACUGAUGCAGACCUUUGGAACAUCUACAUUUUAAAAAGUCUAAUCAAUCCAUGUAAUAUAGCCUACACCAUCACAAUGAAUCCAUUAUUUAUUUUAGAUGGGUCUAAAGAAACAUGAUAUGAAGAAAAUGUAGUCUAUUUCAGAAGAACAGAAUAACAUACUCUGAGUUGUCCUUAUGUUAGGCCCUGAUCUGGCUAUGCCAUAUGGCUGUGGGCUACACUAGUUCAUUUAGCAGACAAGAUUUGCUUAGAACUCCUUGACAUUAUUUUAUAUUAUUUUAUAUAAAUACAAUUGAACAUAGCUGAAUAAAAUAGAAAGGAUAUUUUCUCCAAACGAUUUGAGUGAGUGCGCAAAUGCGGCUAUUCUGUGUUGAGCGGUUAACAAAGAAACAGUUACUCUGCUUAAUUUAGAGUUAUUUAUGUGACUUUAGUUGUGAUACAAAUGUUGGGCUGUAUGUUUUGAUUUUUAAUACAUUCUAAGGCUGCGUGAUGCGACUCUAAUGAUGAUUUGAAAAAAGUUGCAUGAACGGCAUGAGCUCUGCUUUGUUUUUUUUGCACAGGCUGUACACACCUCAUCAGUCUCUUAUUCACAAUUUGAGAAGCACUUGAUAAUGCCUAUAAUUUCCCGCCGUUAUCCCCUUUUUGUGGCCAUAAUGCCUCCUAAAACAAUCCAUGCCUUUUGCGGCCGGUGGCCGUUGUGCCCUUGGGCUGGAUAUUAAAAUUAUAAUUCCCUUCUCCCGGCUGCGUGCCGAAGCACCUCUCACUCACAUGACUCUCCGUAAUGUGGUCGGGUCUUUCUCACAGGCUACAAGUGAAGACAGACACAUCGGGGAUGCAACUGUGCAUAUUGAAGAUAUUGGAAGAACUGUCCACAUUUACUUUUUGUCAACAAGAUGAGUAGGCCUAAUGAACAGCAAAAGCACUAGCCUAUGUCAAUCUACUAUCCCCCAUGGUACAAAAGUCGACCUAUUCUAUUCUGUGCGAUAAAUACAUAUUCCAAACAUAGUCUGGGACAGUUGUGGGAUGCGAUAGAUCGCAAAUUAAUACAACCACUAGCAUAAACUGUUUUAAGGAAUGAGCCUGACGCAACAGAUGAGAACGUUUAGCUUAACAUAAACUAUUAGGCUAUUUCUUCACAUAAGCGCAGCAAUACGCACAGAACAGUAGGCUAUAAGCGCGAAUGUUCCGUUAGCAGGAAAACACCAUUCUCAAAAGUGACCACAAAUGCGAUUAUGCAUGUUUUGCUUUUAUUAUAUAGGUGCAUUUUUAUGGUGAAAAUGAUCUUCGCCAAACUUGAAACUCACACGCUGCGUAUGUAUGUAUGUAGGCUCUACACCCGUUGUAAAGCUGAUUCAUGUGCAUCAUUUUAAAAAGUUAUUUGGCCCACUUUAGUUGUGAUACAAACCUUAUCAAAACAUAUAGGCCUAUGGGCUAGGCUACAUGAGGUGUGCGACUAUGAUUUGAAAAAGUUGCAAAAAAAAUAAUGUGCUGUUUGCCUUAAGCUGGGCAUCAUUCACAAGUGAUAAUAUAUAAUUCACAAGUGAUAAGCUAAUAUUGUCACCCAUCACACUAUUCUUGAUUUAAUCUUGUCUUUACAUAUACUAAAUAAUAUAUGUGUGAAAUCUGUUUUGAUUUAGAAUGGACCAUUAUCAUGCACCUGUCUCGAAACAGGGCCAGCGGAAAAUAAUACGUCAUCUAUGCACUUAAAUAGCGAAUGGAGGACGCUUUUCACAUGGUUCAUUUUCAUGCCAGCCGGGUAGGCUAUACUUAAUAUUAGGACAUUUGAGAAAUAAAUAUAGCAGGCCUAGCCUAUAGAAAGCUGAUGGGAUCCUCCUCUUUUUAAUAGAUUGCAUAGCCUAUAGAAAUGUUGCGCAACAUGAGCUCAUGGGCUCUCAUGAAGUGUAUGAGCAGAUAGCCUCCUGUGUUCUCUAGCUACAGUAUAUAGUGUUGUAACAUGUUUUGAAUACAGCAUGACAAGCUGAUUUGUGCUGUCUCACUGAGAGGCGAUAGGCUCCAGCCAGGUCAGCGUGUGUCAGUGUACUGGACUAUGUGCCUUCUCCUACACAUCUGUGGGUUUCAACCAGUUACAUAACAGGCCGAGUAGUAAUUGUGAUCUUUUUAAAUAAUCCAUUUGUGUGGACAUGGAGAGGCCCUCUGAGGCCGGCUGGCCCUCUGUGUGAAUGUGUAUUAGUAUGGGUCCGUGUGUGCGUUAGCGGUGUGUGUGUGGACGUGUUUAACUAUACUUGAAGACUGUGUGUGUGCUUGUGUGUGUGUGUGUGUGAGAGUGAGUGUGUGAGAGAGAGUGAGUGUAGGUGAUUUAAAGUGUGUUUGAAACAGGUCAGGCCGAGUGACGCUGCUGUUAGAUUAGUCUAUGGCACGAAGUCCAGUCCCCCGCUGGGCUGAGUACACUGAACCUUGUCCAUAGGAGAAUUGGCUUGGUUCUUAAGCUCAAGGUGUUAAGAUAGAGUUAGCCUGCUUUCUUGACAGUCGAGCUGUGACCCUGACAUAGUGGGGCUUCUCUCUCUCUUCCCUCUCUCUCUUUCUCUCUCCCCGUCUCUCUCGCUCCCUUUCUCCCUCUCUCCCUUUCUCUCACUGCACUCUCUCUUGCUCUCUCUCUCUCCUCUAGCUCUCUCUUUCUCUCUCCUCUCAAAGUAUGUUUGUAUCUCACUAUUGGGAGCUUGAUCUAUCCUGUAGUCAGCACAGUGACUCAAAUCUCGUAAGAGAACGGAUAACAUGCCCCCCCCCCCCCCCCCAAAUAAUAAAAACUUUAAAAGCCUUUCGUGAACCUUGCACUUGACUUCUUCCCGCCCUUACUAGCUCUGACCUUGCUGAUAACUACUUUAUUGAGGAAAGAUGUACUUACUAUGACUGAGAUAUGUGGUUGUCCCACCUAGCUAUCAUAAGAUGAAUGCACUAACUGUAAAUGACUAAAAUGUAAAUGUAAAAUGUAAUAAGUUCGCUGGAUCUACUUGCUAUGUCUCCCACUUUAUGACUUGGUUCAUGUUAAGAGUUCUAGCAUUCAGUCGGGACAGGAUGUGCUUGGUGGUGUAGGUGAGAGGUUUGACAGGAAGCUGUGUUCAGACUGUGUGUGUGUGUGUGUGUGUGUGUGUGUGUGUGUGUGUGUGUGUGUGUGUGUCAGUGCACGUGUGUGUGUGUUUCGUUUAGCUAGGGGCCCCUGUCACAUCAGUACCAGGAAACUCCCACCACAACCGGAAGCGAAAGCAGCCGCUUAUAGAAACUCACUGGGGGCUGAUGCUAAACCCUGUUAGAGCGUUCUGACUGAGCUGUGGCCGUGGCUCUGUAGUGGCUUUGCUAGUGUGACUGUGAGCGCUGCACAACUGUGUCGGAGGAUAUGCGACAUGCUGCAACUACGCUUCAGAUUCUGUUUGUCAGCUUACCCACAAAACCUACAGCUCCUACUAAGGCCCUGAAACCGGUUACUCACCCUCCUCACUCCUUUUCCCACCUUUUUGUCUAUUGAUCCUAAAUGUGAUUGUAAUUGUAAGUGAGUGUUUAUGCAUAUGAUAAUAAACAAGUUAAUUUGUUCAAGUUGAUAUUCCAGUAGUAUACUUUUGAAAUAGGCAGAUUGUCAAAGUAGGCCACCACACAAAUACCCUUUCAUUAGCCUAAGAUCUUUUGUUUGCCUAGGAGCUGAAACUAAAUCCUUUGUGUGUGUGUGUGUGUGUGUGUGUGUGUGUCUACCUCUAUCGCUCUCUGUGCGGUCUUCAGUCUAAGGUGCGGGAGUUGGAGGAUAAGUGUCGCAGCCAGAGUGAACAGUUCGGCCUGCUCAGCCAUGAGCUGGAGACCUUCCGACUGCAGGCCGGCAAACUGGACCUGGCCGGCUCCGCUCUCCUCACUAACCCUGCCCUCUGCCAUCUGACCAACGGUGUGGGCCUCACCGGAGGUAACCAUGGCAACCGUUAUUACCAGCAUGACACUGAUACAUGCCAAUGGGCAACCGUUAUUACCAUGAUAUUACCAUAACCAUUAAACCAUAUCAUAUUACCGUCAGGACACCAAUACAUUCCACAUACUCACUCAUAUUCCCCUUAUGAAAUACACUCCCCAUCCCAAUAAAUGCAUCUUCAUAUGGCCUUCGUAUGCCCACUCGGGCUCAUUUUAACUACUAAUAUUGAAUCUCCCUCAGGCACAGUCUAUAGUUUCUACCAGGAUUGAUUGUACACAUGAAGAUUGCUAAACUAAAGAUUGUUUGUUCCAACUCUGGACCUCCAUGUAGGAUUGUGUUGCUAUUACUUUUUAAAUCGACAUGAUUAAGUUUGAAAGGGAUUCCACAUGAUGCAUUCACUUUGAUGCUGACCCGCACUGAGGACAUAAUAUAUUGUAAUCCUGGCCGCCGCUGGCUUUAAAGUGUCCCUUAAAUCCCUACUGUAUCCAUCCAUCCAUCCCUCCGUCCAUCCAGCCAUGUACUGUAGGUGUGCUGUUUCUGUUCUAGAUCAAGGUGGCCUAUGGGAUGAUUUGAACUCUCUGGGUGAUGAUAUGGCCUUCUGGAGUCUGGAGGAGAGAGAUACUCUCCCCUAGGACCCCUCGCUACCAUGUACUGCUACUUUUCCUAGAGAUCUUGGGUCAUUGAGACUGUCACUGUUACUGCUACCAUGAGCACUCUCACUCCCUUUCCUGGUCUUGGUUGAGUAACUUGGUACCUGAAAUCACUGUUAGGUUCAUUGUAAUGACCCACAUAUUCACAGUCACUUCGUUUGGUUUGGUUGGCUUGCAGUGAGUGGCUGUAUGACUGAUGACACACAUAUACAAUCCCUCUCACACACAGGUCACAAACACACACAAACAGACGUGGGUAAACAACGGUGAGUGAUACUCCCUCCACUCCACUGUUUAAUCAGCCUGGGACGACCUGGGCCUGCCUUCACAACCUUCACAUCCUACAGAUCACCCUGCAACCUGCACACCACCAACCACAUAACAGCCUUUCACCUAGCUAACUACAAGCAGGUCAUAGAGGAGAGAGAGACCUGAGCACUACUACCCUCCACCUAGAUAACCAUAGAUGUGUCAUAGAACACCAACUCCCCAAUUAGAUAACUACAAAACAGGUCACAGAAGAGAGGGGUUAGAAAUGUGUAUAUUUGUAGCCUGAGGUGGUCCAGCAGUCUAGGCCACUGCCUCCAGAACACGUGUACCGGUGCUCACAUGUGUUCCAAUCCGACCCACUGCUCUUCUAGCACACUUUCUCCUCCUACCUUUCCUGUCACUCUCUCACUAUCCUUUCCAGUAAACAUGAAAAAAGAAAAGAGAUGUUUGUUUGCUCAUAUCUCCCUCACUAACUUUAAGCAUCAGUUGUCACUGCACCUGUACACAGCCCAUCUGAAAUUAGCCCGCCCAACUACCUCAUCCCUAUAUUGUUAUUUAUUUUGCUCAUUUGUACCCCAGUAUCUCUAUUUGCACAUCAUCUCUUGCACAUCUAUCAUUCCAGUGUUAAUACUAAUUGUAAUUAUUUUGCACUAUAGCCUAUUUUAUUGCCUUACCUCCAUAACUUGCUAAAUUUGCACACACUGUAUAUUAUAUGUAUUUCUGUUGUAUUUUUGACUUUGUUUUGUUUUACCCCAUAUGUAACUCUGUGUUGUUGUUUUUAUCGCACUGCUUUGCUUUAUCUUGGCCAGGUCGCAGUUGUAAAUGAGAACUUGUUCUCAACUGGUUUACCUGGUUAAAUAAAGGUUAAAUAAAAAAUAAAAUAAUGAAGUAUCUUCCUCCUCCCUGUAGAUGUGGCAGCAACUCUCCGGAUGGGGGCCACCCCUUACGCUGCAGGUCUCACACGUUCCCCCACCACUAAGCACCGUGAGCUACCCACCAUCAGCCUGACCAAGACCUCCAGCGCCCCCAAGUCUGUCUCUGACACCACCCACCUCUCCCCCAAGUCCGCCGAGUCCCACCACAGCCCCCAUCACAGCCCACGCAGGACUAGCCCCACGCCACACGAGGUGAGAGCUCCACCAGUGUUUCGCAUCGUUGAAUCCCUACUUAUUGCAUAGGGAAAGUCACUACUUAAUUCAUAUGUGGAGUUUCCAGUUCAACUUAAAAACAUAGUAUAGUAAUCUCACUAACGGUAGGACUAGAUGACAAUUUCAGAUCGGGAUACUUCGGGAUUUUGGCAAUAAGGCCCUUUAUCUACUUCCCCAGAGUCAGAUGAACUUGUGGAUACCAUUUGUAUGUAUUUUUCCAGUAUGUAGGAAAUCAGAGGUAGUUUCGCGAGCCAAUGCUAACUAGCGUUAGCGCAAUGACUGGAAGUCUAUGGGUAUCUACUAGCGAUACACACAAUCAUCUUCUACACAAUGAGAUGAAGAUAUUUUUAACUGCAAUGCUAUUUUCAAAUAAUUGGGUUCAAAUAUUCCUCAAGGUCAAACCACUCGUAUGGAUUGUCUCCUCCUUUUCAACUCUAUGGUUAGGACAGAUUGCUUGUUGAGAUUACAAAAUGACACCGUCAUUCCUAUGGAUUUGCACGUCAGACCUCAUGGAUUUAAAAACGUCAUUAGCCUUUCUAUCUGUCUCUCAACACUGUACUGACUGUGCCAUCUCACCGCCUAGGCUUAAACAAAUCAAGGCAAAUACAACACAUACAUUGUUAGAGAUAAGACAAUAGGACCCUGUUGAGGUUGGGUGGUCUAACUCUACUUUCAUACAGUGUCCAGCUUUGAGCCUUAAUCUUUCUCUGUCUCUCUCACGUGGCACUGUCAUGUAGCGCACUGGCCAAAGACAAACGCAGCACUUAUUAUAGAAUGCAAAACGAUAAGACCCUUUUGGGUUGGGCUUUUAAACCAUUUCUUCCAUGUUUUUAAAGCAGCUGAGUUCUCCCUCACCCGGUGUCCGGCUGUUUGUUGUAGCUAGCUGAUGUCAGUCCUGCGUGCCCCAGCCAGUCUAAGUCUCUCUGUAGUGGGUCUCUAGCCUCCCUCCCUCUCAUCCAUCUAAACCAACCGGCCAGGACAGGCAGCACCAGCAGCAGCUAGCUCUCUAAAGCUCAUAUUUAGUGAGAUAAUCCCACUGCUGUGGAUUAUUAAGGUUGUAGUAGUUGUAAGUGAUUAUCCUUAAAAUGUUUUUUGCUGGCAGGGAGCAAUAAAAAUGAUGGCAGUUACUUAUUAUUUACGCCUAAUGUAUCAUUCAGACCCUAUAAUUAGACAUAUGGCCAGUCGACAAACAAAACACGCUCAACGUUUGUAGCAGUGUGUGUGUAUAUGUGUGUGCGUGUAUCUGAACCCUAGCAACCCUAUCAAAGUAGUGCACUAUGUAUAGGGAUGUAGUGCAAUAAAGCCUAUAGGGAAUAGGGUUCCAUUUCGUCCGACUGGCAGCGAAUGUUUGUAUGUUUGUGUCGGCCUACAGCAGGGGUCAACAGGUGGCCAAUGGGCCAAAACCGUCCUGCAAUUGAUUUUUUGGGGCCCUCCAAAAAAAUCUUUUGGGGAAUUUUAUUUUUGGGUCAAAAAAGACAACAAUCACCAGGAAUGAAUUCCCAAAAUAUUUGUAUUUAUGAAAUCUGUUCCCAAGUAUUCCCAUGAAUACAGAGAGACGUACAGUGGGGUUCAAAAUGAUUGGAUCCCUUGAUAAAGAAGAGCAAAAAAGAUAACAGAUAAAAAGAUAAAGUAAUACAGAUACUGAGCUAUAUGUAUUAAAAACUAAAAAAUAUGUUUUAAGUUAGAAGUAGGCAUUGGUCUGAAGCCGAAAAAUAUAGGAAAUUCACGAGCACCACAAUGCCUACUCCUCCCAUGCUCUACCAAGGUUUUCCAGCACACAGCUUUGACUUACUACAGUUGCUAUGUUGGUCUAGUACUUCAAACAAAGUGAAUGCAGGUUGCUUAGGAUUCAAACCUUCUCAAACAGCCACGACCCUGUUAAAAAUGGUCAUACAAUAUGACACGAAAAUAAAGGUCUUUGGCCACGCACACCAGUGGUGGGUUUGGCCUUCGAAAGAACAAUGCAUAUGCAGAAAAUACCUCAUCCCAACUGUAAAAUAUGGUGGUGGAUCUUUGAUGGUUAUGGGGCUAUUUUGCUUCCACUGGUCCUGGGGCCCUUGUUAAGGUCAAAGGCAUCAUGAACUUUACCAAGUACCAGGACAUUUUUGCCAAAAACCUGGUUGCCUCUGCCAGGAGGCUGAAACUUGGCUGCAUGUGUAUCUUCCAGCAAGACAAUUUCCCCAAGCACACAUUAAAAUCCCCCUCAAAAUGGUUAAUUGACCACAAAAUCAAUCAUUUUGCUAUGUCCAUCUCAGUCUCCGGACUUGAACCCCAUUGAAAACCUGUGGUUUGAAUUGAAGAGGGCAGUCCAUAAGUGCAGAUGAAGGAUAACAAGGAUCUGGAAAAAUUAUGUAUGGAGGAAUGGUCUAAGAUCCCUCCCAAUGUGUUCUCCAAUCUCAUAAAACAUUUGAGAAAAAGGCUCAGCGUUGUUAUCCUCAUAAGGGGAGGGUGCUGGAGUAUUGAAAACAGUGGAUCAAAUACUUUUAACCCAUAUCUUUUUUUAGAUUUGUUUUUAUUACUUGUUAAACAAAAUCUAUUGUGUGUAUAGCAUGCAAUAUAGCUCAAUCAAGGUAUAAAAUGAUUGUUCUUUUUCAAAUACAUUUACUUGUGGUCGAUUUGCAGUGUACAAAUGAUUAUCAAGUCAAAAUGUUAUUUGUCACAUGCUUCAUAAACAAUAGGUGUAGGCUACAUUUACAUUCACAUUUGAGUCAUUUAGCAGACUAACAGUGAAAUGCUUACUUACAGGCCCUUCCCAACAAUGCAGAGAGAAAAUUAUAAAUAAUAAUAAUAAUAACACAAGGAAUAAAUACACAAUGAGUAACGAUAAUUUUUCUAUUUACACGGAGUACCAGUACCGAGUCAAUGUGCAGGAGUACGAGGUAAUUGAGGUAGAUACUCUAUAUACAUAUAGGUACGGGUAAAGUGACUAGGCAACAGGAUAAAUAAUAAACAGUAGCAGCAGUGUAUGUGAGUCAAAAGAGUUAGUGCAAAAAGGGUCAGAAGCUGUUCAGGGUCCUGUUGGUUCCAGACUUGGUGCAUCGGUAAUGCUUGCCGUGCGGUAGCAAAGAGAACAGUCUAUGACUUGGGUGGCUGCAGUGGUGUAAAGUACUUAAGUAAAAAUACUAUAAAGUAGUUUUUUGGGGUAUCUGUACUUUACUAUUUAUAUUCUUGGCAACUUUUACUUCAUUACAUUCCUAAAAAAAAGAUUGUACUUUUUACUCCAAACAUUUUCCCUGACACCCAAAAGUUACAUUUCGAAUGUUUAGCAGGACAAGAAAAUGGUCCAAUUCAUGGACUUCCAAAGAGAACAUCCCUGGUCAUCCCUACUGCCUCUGAUCUGAUUGACUCACUAAACACAAAUGCUUCGUUUGUAAAUGAUGUCUGUGUUGGAGUGUGCCCCUGGCUAUCCUUAAAAUAAGAAAAUGGUGCCGUCUGGUUUGCUUAAUAUAAGGAAUGUGAAAUGAUGCAGCCAGUCAAGAUGCUUUCAAUGGUGCAGCUGUGUAACUUUUUGAGGAUCUGAGGACCCAUGCCAAAUCUUUUCAGCCUCCUGAGGGGCAAGAUUUGUUGUCGUGCCUUCUUCACGACUGUGUUGUUGUGUGUGCACCGAGUUAAUUCCAUAGUGAUGUGGACACCGAGGAACUUGAAGCUCUUGACCACUAGAGCCCCAUCGAUGUGGAUGGGGGCGUGCUCAGCCCUCCGUUUCCUGUAGUCCACAAUCAGCUCCUUUGUCUUGCUGACGUUGAGGGAGAGGUUGUUGUCACUGUCCUCCUAUAGGCUGUCUCAUCGUCGUUGUUGUUCAGGCCUACAACCGUCGUGUCAUCAGCAAACUUAAUGAUGGUGUUGGAGUCGUGCGUGUCCACGCAGUCGUGGGUGAACAGAGAGUACAGGAGGGGACUAAGCACGCACCCCUAAGGGGCCCGCAUGUUGAGGGUCAGCGUGCUGGAGGUGUUGUUGCCUACCCUCACCACCUGGGGUCGGCCCGUCAGGAAGUCCAGGAUUCAGUUGCAGAAGGAGGUGUUCAGACCCAGAGUCCUAAGCUUAGUGAUGAACUUGGAGGGCACUAUGGUGUUGAACGCUGAGCUGCAGUCGAUGAACAGCAUUCUCACAUAGGUAUUCCUCUUCUUCAGGUGGGAUGAUGGUGUUGAUGUGAGCCAUGACCAGCCUUUCAAAGCAUUUCAUGGCUACAGAUGUGUGCUACGGGGCGAUAGUCAUUUAGACAGCUUACCUUGCCGUUCUUGGGCACAGGGACUAUGGUGGUCUGCUUGACUGGGUCAUGGAGAGGUUGAAAAUGUCAGUGAAGUAACUUGCCAGCUGGUCAGCACAUGCUCUGAGUACACGUCCUGGUAAUCCGUCUGGCCCCGCGGCCUUGUGAAUGUUAACCAGUUUAAAGGUCUUACUCACAUCGGCUACUGAGAGCGAGAUCACACAGUCGUCCAGAUCAGCUGGGGCUCUCAUGCAUGGCUCAGUGUUGCUUGCCUCGAAGCAAGCAUAGAAGGCAUUUAGCUUGUCUGGUAGGCUUGCGUCACUGCUCAGUUCGCGGCUGGGUUUCCCUUUGUUAGCCGUGAUAGUUUGCAAGCCCUGCCACAUCCGAUGAGCGUCAGAGCCGGCGUAGUAGGAUUCGAUCUUAGUCCUGUAUUGACGCUUUGCCUGUUUGAUGGCUCGUCGGAGGUCGUAGCGUGAUCUCUUAUAAGCGACUGGAACUGUUUUAUCGAGACACAAAUAUCCUUUUUCAUUUGGCGCAUAGGCGCAUACAGACGCAGCUUGGCUACAUUGUAACCCUGAAGUGGCCAUGGUGCGCUCUCAUAUGGGGCUCAGCCAGGACUGUUACUUUUGUAAUUGAAUGAAAACAUUUUAACAAUGUGAUUUAACUGAUUGAAGUUGGAAAAAUAGAUGGCAAAAAUGCAGAAUGGCGUUAAAUGCCUGUAAACAGCUUGGGGAGGAAAAUUAUUUCACAGAUUUAAUCAUGUAAUAUUAGGCCUACUGAUUAUUUCUCAAUUGCAAGCUACUCAUUGACAGCCCGCGACUACCGGACAUACAGUUUUCUGCUAAGGUGCAUGCAACCUUUGGUAGGCUGAUGGAAGGCUACUCAGAGUCAGAGUCUGCGCUACAGCAAAUCAGACAUGCCCGUGCUCGUCAUGGUUCUUACAGGCAAAAUGAAAUGAUACAAUGAAUUUGCUUGUGGUGCACGCAGCUCAAAUUAUAUGUAACAUUGGACCGGUGUUUCCGUUAGCCAGAAAUUGCCGUCUUUUGGCCGAUAAAAUUUAUUAAAAGCCAAUAAAUACAAUUGUAGCCAGCCAAAUUGUCCGGGGCGGCAUAUCAUACAUCCCGAUUUCACGCUUCUGCACCAUGCAUGUAGAUGUCCUAACCGACUUGCCAAAAAACUAUAGUUUGUUAACAAGAAAUUUGUGGAGUGGUUGAAAAACGAGUUUUAAUGACUCCAACCUAAGUGUAUGUAAACUUCUGACUUCAACUGAAGGUUAUACAGUGCAUUUGGAAAGUAUUCAGAUUCCUUGACUUUUUUCUCAUUUUGUUACCUUACAGCCUUAAAUCUAAAAUGGAUUAAAUUAUAGUUUUUCCUUAUCAAUCUACUACACACAAUACUCUAUAAUGACAAAGCGAAAACAGAUUUGUAUAAAUGUUUGCACAUUUAUUAAAAAUAAAAAACAGAAAUACCUUAUUUACAUAAGUAUUCAGACCCUUUGCUAUGAGACUGAAAUUGAGCUCAGGUGGAUCCUGUUUCCAUUGAUCAUCCUUGAGAUGUUUCUACAACUUGAUCGGAGUCCACCUGUGAUACAUUCAAUUGAUUGGACAUCAUUUGGAAAGGCACACACCUGUCUAUAUAAGGUCCCACAGUUGACAGUGCAUGUCAGAGCAAAAACCAAGCCAUGAGAUCGAAGGAAUUGUCCGUAGAGCUCCGAGACAUGAUUGUGACGAGGCACAGAUCUGCGGAAGGGUACAAAAAAAUGUCUGCAGCAUUGAAUGUCCCCAAGAACACAGUGGCCUCCACCAUUCUUAAAUGGAAGAAGUUUGGAACCACAAAGACUUUCUAGAGCUGGCCGCCCGGCCAAACUGAGCAAUCAGGAGAGAAGGGCCUUGGUCAGGGAGGUGACCAAGAACCCGAUGGUCACUCUGACAGAGCUCCAGAGUUCCUCUGUGGAGAUGGUAGAACCUUCCAGAAGGACAACCAUCUCUGCAGCACUCCACCAAUCAGGCCUUUAUGGUAGAGUGGCCAGACGGAAGCCACUCCUCAGUAAAAUACACAUGUCAGCCCGCUUGGAGUUUGCCAAAAGGCACCUAAAGGACUCUCAGACCAUGAGAAACAAGAUUCUCUGGUCUGAUGAAACCAAGAUUGAACUCUUUGGCCUGAAUGCCAAGCGUCACGUCUGGAGGAAACCUGGCACCAUCCCUAUGGUGAAGCAUGAUAGUGGCAGCAUCAUGCUGUGGGGAUGUUUUUUAACGGCAGGGACUGGGAGACAACUCAGGAUCGAGGGAAAGAUGAACGGAGCAAAGUAUAGAGAGAUCCUUGAUGAAAAUCCGCUCCAGAGCGCUCAGGACCUGAGACUGGGGUGAAGGUUCACCUUCCAACAGGACAACGACCCUAAGCACACAGCCAAGACAACGCAGGAGUGGCUUUGGGACAAGUCUCUGAAUGUCCUUGAGUUGCCCAGCUAGAGCCGGACUUGAACCCGAUCGAACAGCUCUGGAGGACCUGAAAAAGCUGCGCAGCAACACUCCCCAUCCAACCUGACAGAGCUUUAGAGGAUCUGCAGAGAGGAAUGGGAGAAACUCCCCAAAUACAGGUGUGUCAAGCUUGUAGUGUUACACCCAAGAAGAGUCGAGGCUGUAAUCGCUGCCAAAGGUGCUUCAAUAAAGUACUGAGUCAAGGGUCUGAAUACUUAUGUAAAUGUGAUGUUUCAGUUUUUCUUUUUUUAUACAUUUGCAAAAAUUUCUACAAACCUGUUUUUGCUUUGUCAUUAUGGAUUUAAUCAAUUUUAGAAAAAGGCUGUAACGUAACAAAAUGUGGAAAAGGUCAAGGGGUCUGAAUACUUUCCGAAUGCACUGUAAGUAGUUCUGUUGUAAAAUAAAUAUCAUUAGCCUAUUGUUGUCAUUUAUUGGGUACAGUAGCCUUUCUUGGUAAUUGCUGCAAUACAGCCUGUUCAAAACUUAAACCAGUUCGCCAGGAUUUUGUUUCAUUCUGAGCCAUUUUCUUAGCCAAAUUAGGAUCAAACUGUAAUGUUGUGUUUGCCGCAAUAUAACAUCCUGCUCGUAUUUCCCCUUAGACCACUGCGCCACUCGGGAGUACAUCUGGGUGUGCAUUUUCUUGUUUGCUUAUGGGCUUCUACAGCUCGUUGAGUGCGGUCUUAGAGCCAGCAUCGGUUUGUGGUGGUAAAUAGACGGCUAUGAAAAAUAUAGAUGAAAACUCUCUUGGUAAAUAGUAUGGUCUACAGCUUAUCAUGAGGUAUUCUACCUCGGGUGAGCAAAAAUGUGAGACUUCCUUAACAUUGGAGAUCGUGCACCGGCUGCUGUUAACAAAGAGACUCACCCCUCCUCCCUCAUCUUACCUGAUUAUAGUCAUGUUCCGGGAAAAAAAACGUCUCGUGGCUGAAUCUAGUUGCCUACCCCUCGCCUACAGUAUUCACCAUAGCCAGAGGAAAUCAUAGGCAGUCAGAUCAUUAAGCUGAUGCUAUGUGGUAUUAAAGGGAGCAUUUUCAGAGAAGAGAACAUUCCGUAUAAGCAGCUUGUUAGUGGCCAGUGUCCCAAUCCACUGUGAAUUGUGCCCACUGCCCACGUUAUACAUAAAUCUCAUUGCACAAUCUCUGAGGGAGGAAGUCAAUUCCAGAAAAACAUGAUAUCCUGCGUGUGGCCCUGGCCUUCUACUAUUCAGGAGGCAUUGAUCCAGCCGGGGGUUGGGAAGAUUUUGACCUGCUGGCAGCUCAAGGUUCCAAUAAAAAUGAUAUAUACCACUAAGCAGGCGCUUUUAUCCAAAGCCACUUUACAUUUUUAGUAUGAAUAUGUGAUCCUGUGAGAAUUUAACCUGGCUAGGAAUGGACAUUGCUAGGAAUUGACAAAACCCUGCAGGAAUUGACAUUGCUCACACCAAGCUCUUACCAACUGAGCCACACAGUACAACAGGUUUCCAGUGGCCUCAUUGUUGACUGUCAUGUUCUCAGGUUGACACGGCCAGUGAAGUGGAGGAGUUGGACAUUGAUGUGUCCCCAGCACCUUACACCACUCCCAGAGGAGCCGCCAAGCUACAGGUCUUCAUCGCCAGAUACAGGUAAGGACUGGCAUACAGAUUUGGCCAAAGCAGCAGUAUGCCUUCACUAAAGUGGCGGUAUUUAGUAGAUUGAAUUGGAGACCAGUUAUGUUUAUAUUUUUCUUUUCAGAAAGAAUGUUAUCGUUUUUUCUAUCUCAGUAUUCAACUUUAACAAUACGAUGAGAUGGGUUAUGUUUCUAAUACAUUAGUGUUGAUAAUGUGGCUUUAUUUUUCUCCAGCUAUAACCCCUAUGAUGGUCCAAAUGAUAACCCAGAGGUGGAGCUACCACUCACCGCUGGGGAGUACAUCUAUGUGUAUGGCGGUAUGGAUGACGACGGCUUCUAUGAAGGUGAGCCUUCUCCAAAACCUUAAAGGGGCAAUCAGCAGUUGCUACAUCCAUUUUUGGACUUAUACAUUAAUGAUAUGAAAACAUUGAUUCUUGAAGAAUAUAACAUAUAUAUGCCUCAUGAGCUUAGUUCAACGGUCGUGCUCCAUCAAAACCCAAAAUAUAAGGUUGUUUUACUCCAAUGUUUGUAAACAGAUACUAUAUAGCCUCAAAACAUGGUUCAACAUUCAUUUUGAUAUCAUGGAUGGUCAGUCUGAAUUUGAAUUUGAGUGGUUACAUUUCUCCAACCCCAUCCCUCAUCAUUUUACCAAAACAGGGGUGGGGAUUACACUUUGUUAUUGUUUCUACUGCUGAUUGCCGCUUUAAUUUCAUAAAAGUUUUAUAAAGUUACAUUUUUUACACUGAAAGUUACCAUUUGAACACUGACAUUUUAACACGGUCAAAGUUUUUAGUAUCUGUGAUGACAUCCAAACACAAGUCUCUCUCUCUCUCUCUCUGUGUCCCCCUGCAGGAGAGCUGAUGGACGGGCGGAGAGGGCUGGUCCCCUCCAACUUUGUGGAGCGCGUCUCAGACGACGACAUGAUGAGCGCCCACGUUGCAGAGGGCACUGACAUAUCCCACAACUCCUUGCUGGACAGCAGCCUGCACAGAGCCAGCCACCAGCACCACCUCCGCCUGGGGGGCCCAAGUACCUCUGAGAGGACCGACCCUACGUCUGCAGCCUCCGCCUCAGGUCCUCUCUCCGUCUCUUUCCCCUCAGGGGAGCAGGUCCUGGCUCCCUCCGACCCCUCCCUCCGAACCCUCCUCUCCCCAGCCCCCCUCACCAACGGCCUGGACCUAGACCUGGAGGUGGGGGUGGACACUGUGCCUUACCCGCGCAAGCUCACCCUCAUCAAGCAGUUGGCCAAGAGCAUCAUCAUCGGCUGGGAUGGGCCGCUGGUGCCGGCGGGCUGGGGCAACGUGUGGAGCUACAAUGUGUACGUGGACCAGGAGCUGAGGCUCAACGUGCCCUUCGGCUCCCAGACUAAAGCUGUCCUAGAGAGACUAGACGUCAAUCUCAAGGCCUACCGGGUGUCUGUACAGAGCCUGACGGAGCGCGGCAGCUCGGACCAGCUCCGUUGCUCCAUGCUGGUGGGCAGGGAUGUAUGUGUGGCGCCCACCCAGCUCAGAGUCGACCGGGUCACCGCCACCUCGGCCAGCCUGGCCUGGCUGCCCAGCAACAGUAACUAUGUGCACAUUGUGUCCUUGAACGAGGAGGAGAUGGAGCUGGUGAAGGCUGGCAGCUACUCGCUGUGCCUCAGUAACCUUACGCCCAGCCUGCACUACACAGUCAAAGUGGAGGCUCGGCCGCACCAAACCCCCUGGGAGCUGCCCCUGGAGAGACGGGAACACAAGACUGCCACAACUACCUUUACCAUGCUGGCCGCAGGUACGUGAGCAAACAGGGUAGAGAGAUACUGGAGAUACCGUACUCAAAUCCGAGUAUGAAGGGCUGAAGAACUGCUGGUUUAAUUUGUUACACGAAAAUAGAUUCCACUCACCUGGUGUUCCCAGGUCUUUAAAACAGGCCCUGAUUAGUGAGGACGAAUUAAAUCAGGGGUCUGUUUAAAACCUAAGAUUUGCUUGUCUUCUAAUGUUUAUAACCUCCUCUCCCAGGCCCCCCUGAUGCUCCUCUGGACGUGCAGCUGGAGCAGGGGCCCUCCCCGGGCAUCGCCCUCAUCAGCUGGCUGCCUGUCACCAUCGAUGCUGCUGGGACCUCCAACGGAGUCCGCGUCACCGGAUACACCAUCUACGCUGACAAGAAAAAGGCAAGAACUGUAGUGUUUCUGGACCUGAAUGCACUGGAAACAGAGCAGAGUGUUUAAGGUUUUGGAUGUCUGUCAGUGUUUUCAGAGAGGUUCUGUGCUCUAAAGGCCCAUUGAGUCUGUGUUGCUCUCUUCCUCAAGACGCUGGUGUGUGUUUAAGUGUGCCACAGUAUUUGCAGUGCUUCAGCUCGGGCUGUGAACAGUAUCUGUGAUGAUGCCUUGUCGUAUGCCGCUGACUUUUGUAUCCUUUAAGUCACAAGUGUUUUAUGUCUCUGUGUGAGUAUUUUGCUGUGAGGAUUGUGUGUGUAGAGAGUGUAUAUCUGUGCUGCUGACACUACCCAUCUCCUCUCCUGCCAUGCCCUAGGUGUUGGAGGUGUCAUCCCCUACGGCAGGCAGUGCCCUGAUGGGUCCGUCUCAAAUCCAGUCCCUUACGGCGGCCCACCAGCUCACCGUGCGCACCAUGUCCGCCCACGGCGAGUCCACCGACUCUGUGCCAGUCAACGUGCCCGCCAAGCUAGCCGCCAUCAUGACGGGCAAGGCCUCGGCUACCUCCGCCCCUUGCUGCUCGUCACCCCCCGUCGACCAGUCAACCCCAGUGCACCAGUCGCCCUCCAUUCACCAGUCACCACCCUACCAGUCACCCCCUGUCCACCAGUCGCCACCCGUCCACCAGUCACCCCCCUUCCUGUCUUCGUCACCACCCGUCCAGCCCCAAUCCCCAUCCUAUGGGAACUCAGCUGCCAAAGUCUCCACGCUACCCUACGCCAUGGCCUCGCCGCCGCUAGAUGCACACACCAUGGUCCCCAACGGGGGGCUGCCCUCUGCCAACUCUCCCCCAGUCCACACCCUCCACACAGAGGCCUCCUCGCCGCGCCCUGCCUCAUACGCGGAGGCCUGGGCCAACCCCUUAGCAAAGUCUCCUGCCCCCCCUCAGGACGCCUUGGCAGUGCAUGAGGCCACCAUGUCACCUCCAGUAGCACCAAACUAUCAGGCCAAGUUGCCAUCAGUACCGUCAGCCUAUGAGGCUAUGACGUCACCACCAAUACAACCAGCCUAUCAGGCCAUGCUACCACCAGCCUCUCACAUCAACACAACGGUACUUACAAUAAUGCUACAACACCUGCUCUAAAUCUCUCAUCUAGAACUCUAGAACUCACCUCAUGGCUCCAGACUUACUUUUUCCCCUGGUGUCACUGGUGCCACUAUUUUUAUGUGUAACCUAAAUCAGUGAUUGUCAUGAAUUUUGGGUUGACAAUUAUGCUAUUGUUGCUAUAUUUUACUCUCAAUGUAGGGCUCUAGAAUUGCACAUUUAUUUUGUUCAGUAGAGAUUAAUUUUCUUAGCUAGAUAUUUUGUGUGUACAAAUUAAAUAUCACAUAAGAUAAUUUAUUUGGGGCUAAUUCACCAUCUGAGGAAGUGGAAAAUCAAAAUGCAUUAGGUAGAUUGCUAAAUAUAAUAUGUUGCUUGUUAGCCGUGUAAUUGAUGAAUGUAAUAGUAAAUGUAAUGUCCUAAAAACUGUGCAGCAUUUAUGUCUAUAGCCUAUGCAGUCACCGCAAAUGGCAGAUGUGCGCUUCCCGUAUCUCAAAGCCAUAGCCUACCAGAUACUUUGGUUAAAAACGGUGCUCAAACGGUCGAUGUUGAGAGUUGAGAAACACAUGUAAUACCUGCAGAAAGCUGAGACCCGCCUCUCACCAACAGGCACGACAGCUUUCAAACUGUUUAUUUUGCCGCAAUUGCAUUUUAUAAAUGUUGCAAUAAUUUUUCUCUCCCUCCCCCUCUGCCCCUAGCCUACUCAGCGCAAAGGGAGAAACAGACACAGGGGCAGGGCAGACACUUUCAUGCAGGAAAAUAAUGCACUUUAGGCUACUGUUCUUUCAAAUCAUGCUUUUAGCUGCCUCAAAAUAAAAUGUUUUGAGUGAAGUGACCAGCUUGAAUUUGCAGUUCGCACCGAUGUGACCAAUCAAACAUUUUACUCGCACAGCCAAGUCUAAGAGUCGCAAAAUGCGACUAAAUGUUCACAGGCGGGAGCCCUGCAACUGCUCUUGAAUAUAUAGGUAUGUUAUUAUCUAGUCUACAUUAUUGUAACUAUUUUAACUAAGUGUAUGUUGUAUGUUCUCCAGGUCAAUGCAGCCCUGCCCCCCACCCAGAGUCCAGUCCCAGGCCCAGUCCCAGCAGCAGCCAUGGAGCAGAGCAGAGCAGUCACAGAAAGCCCCGGAGCUCCCCGUCCCGGCAUGUCCAUCACAGACUUUCUCCCCGUGGAGGACUACUCCCGUGCAAACCUUUCAACCCCUGAGCCCUGCCCUACCUCACCCCAGGACAGACACUCUCUCCGGCCCCCCAAAGCCCCCUCUCCCCUGGAGUCAGAACCAGACUACUCCAUGGAGAGGUCGACCGCACGCCUGGUGUCCAUGGAGGAGUUCCUCAGGCAGGAGCAGGACCCAGGCUUCAGCAGGCAGCCACAGGUUGGUUGGUUAGUUAGUUAGUACUGACCGUGCUUUUUUUGAAUAUGGCACAUUAAAUAUCAUUGCCAGUUUCCUGGGCAGAUGCAAUUGCAUGGCAACUCUGAUGUAUUCUUUAUUGUUCCAAUGUUCCCCUCACAUUGGCUAGUACUCUGUGCUUUAAUCCUCUGAUGAUGUUCAUUACAGAAAUAAACUCUUGGAGAGUGGGGUGGCCAUGCCCUCACACACAGGUUGAAGAGUACCAACAUCACCCAGCCUCACCCAGCCUCACCACUUGAUUAGAUGAACCAGUAACUCCUCUAGGUCUAGGAAAGGCUGUGGGAUCAUUACCUCGUAUUUAUCAACAUGGUGCUUUAGACUAGAGCAGCGGUUCCCAAACUAGGGGUCACGACCCCAUGUGGGGUCACCUGAUAUGAAAUGGGGUCGCGGGAGAAUUUCCAAAAUCCUGUUGUUGUUUUUUUUACAAAAUAUAUAGUGUUUUAUAUAUAUUAUAAAAUCGUCUUUGUAUCUCAAAAUCAUUGUAAAGUGGUUAACCUUAAAAAUCAAAAUCAAAAUUAUUCAAAUCUAAAAGAUAAAAUUCAACCGGAGAGCGCCCUUAGCUCAUGGGAAAAGGCCGUACUUGACCAUUGCACUUGAAUCAUUCCACAGUGAAUGGAUAGGCCUGCUACGAUAUGAAACCACACACUAUUGCAGAGACUUUGAUAUUACUGGACACAAUUGAUAUGGUGAAAAUAAUGUGUUGGGAGGCAGAGUCACAGAAACUCACAUCAAUACCUUUGUCAGAUAGGAAAUAAUUCUUAUUGGAGAGAGUCUUUCAAAAGCGAACCAUGCCCCCUUCCCUCGGCUGUGCAUGUUUCUAACAGAAAACAGGAUCAGUAAGUGUCCCACACAAGUGAUGGCUGCGCACCUCCAACGCUUGGAAGAGCACUUUGGGACCUGCUUCCCAAUCCGUUUGACUGUGAUCCUGGCUCAGUUGACAUGCCGGUAAAUGAAAUCAAACAACUGAUCGAGCUGUCAUGGGUACCGAAUGCUGCAGACAACGCAUUUACAGGUCACUAAAGAGGAGUUUUGGUUCCUGACACAAAGGGAAUACUGUGCUGUCUCCCUCCGAGCACUAAAACUCAUUGUACCCUUCGCCAGCUCAUAUCUGUGUGAAGCUGGAUUCAGUGCUCUCGUCUGCAUUAAAACCAAAUAUCGAUCCAGGUUGGAUGUGACAGCAGAGAUGAGGGGCGCACUGUCGACCACGCCCCCUGACUUUGAGAAGUUCCGACGUGACCCGUGUCAAGCACACCCAUCUCAUUAGUGGUAGUUAGAAAAGAGAAAUUAUGUCAGACUAAUUUGCAAUUGACUGCCGUAGCCCCAAAUAAAAAAGUUAACUUUGGCUGUAAUUACAUAAUUUAUUUCACAUGGUUGGGGUCGCAAGAAUUUUCAGAUAUCAAAAUGGGGUCAUGGGCCAAAAAAGUUUGGGAACUCCUGGACUAGAGAGCAUUGAGGAUAGAGGCAGAAUACCAACAUAUACCAACGUUCAUAGUAAAAUGUCCUACUAUGAAAAUUAUCAUUUGGAGGAUUGACCUAAUCAAUUUACGUUUCACUCGUAUUGGCAGCAAAAAAAUGAAUACCAAUCAAAAAUAUCAACUCUAAAGGUAGAUUUGUAUGUUUUAUAUGGAUUAGAUAUAGGCUAUGACGUGAUUGGUUAUUCCACAUGCUCUUAGCCUGUCCUGUUGUGCUGUGUGGUUGUGUUCUGUGUGUCAGGGUUAUGCUGGUGGCCUGGUGGAGCCUCCGUACCGUGCAGCAGAGAGCAAUAGGGGCUCGGACCUGUCGGAUAUCCUGGAGGAAGAGGAGGAAAUGUACUCAGACCCCCCUGGACCCACCCUGGCCCGGGGGUACACCACAGGAGCCGACAGGGUAAAAACUCACAACACAUACUUGAUUUGACUGAUCUUUCUGAGGACAGCCUCUGUUUUUGUUACGUUUGCUUAACUUUCCCUCUUUCAUUCUUGAAUUCACUCACCGUUUUGAUUCUUUUUUUAUUUUUUUGUACACCUCUCCUUUGUAUGUUACACUUCACCCCUACCUUAUGCCACGUGCCCUGCCCAACCUGCUCACAUCCACCUCCUUCCUGACCUCCUAUCUCCAUCUCCUACAUCCAACCUCCUACCUUCAACCUGUUACACCCGCUCCUCUGUGACCCUUGACCCAUGACCCCUGUAGCCAGACCAGUGGGAGGUGCCGGACAGUGACGAGGAGAUUCUGGAGAGGAUCCUGAAGCUUCCUCCUCAGGCCCAGACUCAGGCCUACGACUACCAUCACGGUCAUCAUCACCACAACAAGCACCUGUUCAGCAUCCCAGAGGUCACUGAUGAAGAGGACAACAGCGUGGACGAGGACUAUAAUCACCGUCGCCACCGCAGACAGUCCCAAGCCAGGCCCAGCCGCACACACCUCCACCCCGAUGACCCCCACUACCACAGCCCCCGACACCAACCCCAGCCCCACCACAGCAGCAGAGCCGAAGCCAAAGAGCCUUUACCCAGACACAGUGGUGGUGCUGUUGUCAGGGCCCGGCCCCAGCACAGGGUCCACUACGCAGACACAGUAGACAGCGUCAGCUACCCUGAGGAGGGGGAGCUGGUCCUCGGGCCCAGUAGGGAGACGUGGGUGCGUCGGGCCCCCCAGAAGGCCCACCAGGUUGGGGGAAGGAGCGGGGUGGAGACAGUUUCCUUGGUAGGCGGGCUGGGGGACAGGCUCAGACGAGAAGCCUUGCUACGGAGUCAGAUGGCGGUCGCAGCGUUAACGUCCCAGGCCACCGGCCACGCACCACACUCUUACCUAGUCAGCAAGACCGUUCGGACGGUCAAGUCCCCUGUGGGCUCGGUAGCAGAGAUCGACAUUGAGUAUGGGACUGACGAGGAGGAGCCGUUGACCUAUGACCGCGGGGAACGAGGGGAGGUGGUGGUGGAGCAGAUGAGUUCUGAGUGGUGGGUGGAGGGGUCACAGCCUAACCCCCUCACUCUGGCCCUGCGCCGGGGAAAACCUGCCCUCCAGGCCAUCGCAUCUGCUGCAGCAGAAUGGGUGUGUUCUCACUCGUUGUACCCUGUGGCUGUAUUUGGAUUCCCUCUCCUCUGCCGGCGUCUGUGUAGUCGUCUUGUCAUGCGUCUCAUGUCCCCUCUAUCUGAGAUCCUAGCAACCUAGCCUCUGUCUGUCUGUCUGUCUGUCGGGCGGCACCGUUGCUUCUCUAGACUCAUUCAACCAGCACAAGGCCUGAAAAACCACCUGGUCCUUAUUGCACACUACUCAUGUCUCUAACCCUGCAGUGCCUUACUGUCCAACCUGAAUGCAAGUUAUUGUCUGUGUGCUGCUGUCUUUCUCUCUGACUGACUGUGUGUGUGUGUGUGUGUGUGUGUGUGUGUGUGUUGACCAGGAGCCUGGCAGAGACCCGUCGAUGGAGGCUGGUGCUGGGUGGAGCGGACAGGAUGAGCUCUCUCCUAAGCUGACCAGGGUAGAGGCCAGGCAGCAGCUCAAUGGUCAGAAUCAUCAAAUUUCUCAUCAUCACUUUCUAAACAGCCUACUACUAUAUAGUAUAUUUAGAUUAUAGAAUAUCGAUCUUAGUCUUAUCUGAUGCUCUCGCCAGAGAUCUCUCUAUAUACUAUUAUACUCUCAUAUAUAUAUCAUUCUUCUUAUCUAAACUAAUUCUAUCUUGACUAUAUGUCUCUAUUCUCUUCUCUCUCUCUAUCUCUCAUUUUCUAUCUCUCUCUCUCUGUCUCUCUCUUAUCUCUCUCUCUCUCUCUUAUUCUCUCUUUCUAUGUCUCUCUCUCGUCUCCUCUUUAUCUAUGUCUCUCUCUUUAUCUCUGUCUCUCUCUUAUCUGUCUCUCUCUUAUCUCUGUCUUCUCUUUAUCUCUGUCUCUCCCCUUAUCUGUCUCUUCUUUUAUCUCUUCUCUCUUUAUCUCUGUUCUCUCUUUCGUCUGUCUUCUCUUUAUCUCUUCCUCUUCUUUUUUCUCUGUCUCUCUCUUUUAUCUCUGUCUCUCUCUUAUCUCGCUCUCGCUUUAUCUCGUCUCUCUCUUUAUCUCUCUCUCUCUUAUAUCUCUGUCUCUCUCUUUACUUGUCUUCUUUUAUCUUUACUCUGUCUCUUCUUUAUCUCUGUCUCUCUCUCUCUCUCUGUCUCUCUCUUUAUCUCUGUCUCUCUCUUUAUCUCUGUCUCUCUCUUUAUCUCUGUCUCUCUCUUUAUCUCUGUCUCUCUCUUUAUCUCUGUCUCUCUCUUAUCUCGUCUCGCUUUAUCUGUCUCUUCUUUAUCUCUGCGCUCUGCUUAGAUAUUUCUCAUCUCUAUCUCUCUCCUAUCUUGCUCUCCUCUGUCUGCCUCUGCUAUCUCUCUCGUCCUCUCUUUCUUAUGCUCUCCUCAUCUUCUCUCUCGUGUAUGCGCUCCUGACUAUGGCAUCGCUCUGUCUCUCUCUCUCUCCUUCUCGGUCUCUCUAUACUCAAUGCUCUAAUCUCUCUCGUUAUCUCUCGCCGAGAGAGCUCUCCUCUCUCUCUCUCUCUCUCUCUCUAUAUCUCUCUCUCUCUCUCUCUCUCUAUCUCUCUCUCUCUCUCUCUCUCUCUCUCUCUCUCUCUCUCUCUCUCUCUCUCUCUCUCUCUCUCCCAGAAAGACACCAGGAUGUCAGAUUACCAGUUUGUGUGGUGGGGGGGGGGGGGGUACUUUAACAGGGAUAGGGUGAUAGGGGAGAGCGAGAGAGCGGUCUGUAAGCUUAGAACCAGCUUAACUCCAAAAUGGCUCGUCAUGACAUGAGAUGGAUGGGAGGACGUGACAACCAUGAAAAUAGUACCCUAGAUUAGCCCGCAGUGAAACCAACCAAGCCGGAGUCUCUCUCUCUCUCUCUCUCUCUCUCUCUCUCUGCAGCUUUCUCUCUCUUAGUCCCUAUCUAUCUCUAUCUCUCUCUCUUUCCCUCCCUCCUCUCUCUAUUUCUGCCUCUUUCCCUCCCUUUCUCUCCCACUCUCUCUUUCUCUCGCUCUCUCUCUUUCUCCCGCUCUUUCAAUCUCACAGCUGUGUUCUCAUGGAAAAGGUCACAGAUAUAGUUCUGCUAUUCCCAGCAGCAGGUGGAAGAACAAAGAGCGUGCAGAUAGAUACACAGGACAUAUGCACGUACGCCCAACGACACUAGAGCGGGAGGGAGGGAUCAGCGAAGAUGACGUUCUCACAUACAGUAUCUCCAGAUAUCUAUACAGACAGAGGAUAUGAAUGUGGUCUAUUUCUUCCUGUCAGCUCUGCUCUGCUUGCCUAUAGCCUGGCUGUUGCUACAUACAGAUGGGCUGAUCCCUCCUAAUGAGAUAGAACCUGGUCUCAUUGGUGCAGCUUAAGUCCUAGUUGACUACAGCAGUUCACAUUCCCUACACUGCCCUAUAGGUCUGCAUAUAGGUCUAAGUAAUCAGUCAUCUUGAUCACUACAUCACAUAGACCAGUGUUGGGCAACUCUAAUGGAGGUGGGGGCCACACAAAAUCUGAACUCAUCCUAAGGGGCCGCAGUGGCUGGCAGGUGUGGGUACCCACAUCCAUACACACAUAUGCAGUCAGAGCUGGCCCUAGCCUUUUGGGGGCCCUAGCCUUUUGGGGGCCCUAAAUGAAACACACAUUUUAACAGAGUGGGAGUGGGCUCUACCAUGUGGAUAUCGAGAACUGUGGGAGUGGGGGAUGUGUGUGGGUUUGUGUGACCAGGCAAAACCAGGUGUAUGAACUUUUGAAAUAUUUGGGUCCUUUGCACAGCAAUGAUUAGGCUAACUGUUGCUCCAAAUAAUGUGGGUUCUGUUUGUGUGUUUGCAUGAAGAGAGCAUGGAGCCUGCACGGCCUAUUGGAGACAACGAGGUGCGUAUCUUUGUGGCGCUGUUCCCCUACGACCCGGUCAACAUGUCCCCGAACCCUGACGCCGCUGAGGAGGAACUGCCCUUCAGAGAGGGACAGAUCAUCAAGGUAUGGAACCCAACUGGUUAAAACUGGUUAAAACUGGUUAAAAUUAUAGUAUUGCCUGCUGGAAUAGUGAUAUCCCUGGCACUAUGUUUUACACACUCUCUCAUCUAAUCUAUCAUUAAUUAUAGGGUGUUUAAGGCAAAAUGUUCUAUUCAUGAGUCUGUACGACAGUAAUAGCACAACCUCACGGCAGCCAUCUUGUUUUCUCACUCUUCACUUUCCCCAUCCUCCAUGUCCUGUCUAGAUCUACGGAGAUAAAGACUCAGACGGGUUCUACCACGGCGAGUUGAACGGUCGUCACGGUUACGUGCCGUGUAACAUGGUGUCCGAGAUUCAGGUGGAGGACGAGGAGACCAGAGAGACACUCCUGCAGCAGGGCUUCCUGUCUACUCACGCAAACAUGGAGAAGAUAGGUAGGCACAACUGUCAAUCACAGCACCAGUCAAUCAUCAAAGGGUUUUACAGCUGUCAAUCAUAUCAACGGCCAAUCCCAGCAGGGUUCAUCCCACAAGUGUCCAAUUAAACAGGGCCCUUCUCUGAUCCAAGUGACAUACUGCCCAUGUAAUCAAACAAUCAAUCAAGUACAUAGUAUUUGUAUAAUUCUUUCUGUUUGGUGUCAGCUCAAUGGUUUGUAUUGAUGUUGUCAGCCUGUACACUUCACUUUAAAAUAUGCACCAACUGCGGUCUAACACUUUUCAACAGGUGUGGGUAGGUUCUUUGCCGUUUUGUUUGAAUGAAAUCCCCAUUGUCCAUGUUGUGGAGUGGAAGUGAAAGAAAGUCAAAAUGGCAAUACAGAAGUACUACAGAGGUACUACAGAGGUACUACAGAGGUACUACAGAGGUACUACAGAGGUACUACAGAGGUACUACAGAGGUACUACAGAGGUACUACAGAGGUACUACAGAGGUACUGUAGCUAUGACCUUUAGGGUGAAGUGUCAGAUGUUGUGAGUUUAAUAACAGAUUCCCCAAAGCUGCUCCAUUUUUCUUUUUCUUUUUCACUCCUCUGUUGCUAGUCUUGAAAUCAACCAGCUGUGACUCGAUAAUAUACUGUACUUCAAACUUGAAUAAUUUGAAAUGAAAGCAAAAGUCUUUGUUUCUUCACCACAAUCUGUUGGGGGAAAUCCUUACAACUGUUAAAACAGCAGCUGUGUCUAUAUUAAUUUGACCCAUUAACUUGUUACUGUAAUUGAGUUGUAACUUUAAAUGAUCCAUUUACUGUGUAAGAAUUAACUAAACUGGCCAAAUUGCACUAUUUGAUUAGAUUCAAAAAGAAAACAGAAACUAAUCUGAGGGGUAUCCUACGAAGCAAGCUAGAUCUACUCAGAGUUUUCUAAAGCUAACCAGCUUCAGUUAGCCUUACAUUGCAGCUCAGGCUUCAUCCAUAUACUACGACGGUGGAUAUUGCUCCUCCACCUGCCUUUAACUCUAGCAGGCUUGUAACUGCGCGUGCAUGUCGCACGUGGCUAGUCGAUCGCCGAACUCUUAAUUGAGACAAUUCUGAAACAUUAAUCCAUGGCAAAGUCAGUGCCACAUUUUCAUUUGUGCCAAAAUCAAAAUGAAGGAAAAGUUAUCUUGCAAAUUCAACAGGCUAUGGUGUGAAAUAGGCUUUUAGAAAUGCCGUCUUCUCUGUGCUUAUCAAUGCAUGAGCACCUUGUUUCCCACUCCUAUCGAUAAAAUAAUUGUAUCUUAAUAAUAAUAAUAAUAAUUGUAUUUGUCAUACAAAAGUUUUACUGUGCGUGAAGUUACAAAUGUAUUCUGUCAUUACUAAAUAAUGUGAUAGGUAUUUUAACAUUUUACAAUUUACAAAAAAACAUUUGAUUAAUAAAAUCUUCAAUCAGUCUUAUUCCUCCCGAGUGGCGCAGCGGUCUAAGGCACUGCAUCUCAGUGCUUGAGGCGUCACUACAGACCCCCUGGUUCGAUUCCAGGCUGUAUCACAACCGGCCGUGAUUGGGAGUCCCAUAGGGCGGCGCACAAUUGGCCCAGCGUCGUCCGGGUUUGGCCGGUGUAGGCCGUCAUUGUAAAUAAGAAUUAGUUCUUAACUGACUUGCCUAGUUAAAUAAAGGAAAAAAAUUAAAAUAAUCCUCAAAUGAAGGGGAUGAUGAUGCAAUCUUUGCGAGAGGGAGGGAAUCUGAUUUCAUUGGUCCUCAACUCGCCGCUCAGACACUUCAUUCAGGAUAAAUGGAGUUAGCCCUGAGUUAGCCUGCCCAGGAGCAGGUUAGUUCUGAAGGAUUCGUUGCCAUAGAAAUGUACCUUACUAAAAAGUUAGUCACAUUUGUAUGACUGGUUAUCCCGAGUUGAACUCAGAGUUGACCGAAGUUACCUCACUAACUCCUCAAACCUGAUUCGUAGGAUACCCCUCUGUAGUUCAGCCUAUCUGCUUUGUAUGCUCUCAUGGUUUGUCUUCACUUAGACUUGAUUGUGUCGCUGACUGUUUUAGGAUAUUCAUCCCAGCUUCUGCUUUUGCCAAGCCUAAUUCUCUUUUAGUUUUUCAUUGACUCUGUGUCAUGCAAAUCACUUCAAAGAAGUGCCAGAAACUUUAGUUUGUGUAAUAAGCUCUGGGGGUUAAGUGCUAUGGACCACCACGCACACAAACACACACACAGGCGCACACACACACCCUCACAACCCACACACAGCAUUACCCACCCAGCCAACUAGAUCAAGCUGACAAACAAUAUGCUUCUAUUUCCUGCAUAUCUUUCCCCCAAAAUGAUCUCUGCAGAUGUUUUAACCCUUUCACUUCCACAUGGUCUCACUUGCUGGGUUCUGUUCACUUUUCAUUAUUAUUGGUUGGUUUUUUAAAUGGCUUUUUACAGCCUUCAAACUCAUUCUGUCUCUUGUCUGGUCUGCUUCUUCACGAUUUGGUGUCUCUGUCUGUCUGUGUUUUACUUUAUGGUUUCAUAUUUGGUUUCCCUUUUUAAAACUCCAUAAAGGCACUCGCACACAUGCACAGCUUCCGCGUCGCCCUGUCCCACCGCCGAAACCGAGACGAUCCAAGAAAGGUGUGUCUCGCUGUCGCUGCUGACUGGCUUUCUUUCUCUCCUUUCUCCCUCCCUCUUUCCCACUCUUCCUUUGGUCUGCCUUUUUUUCUCUCUCUAUCUCUAUCACUCACUCCUUCUUGCUCGCUGACCAGAGGGGAUUUGUGGAUUCACAGUAUUAAAUAUACAGAACAUUAUAAUGAUCUGCCAUAGACUGAGAUGUAGUAGGUCGUUUAUUUGUAUUAAUGCACUUGCAACUUAUAUGCAUGGUUAAAGCAUUUGAAUAUAGGAGUUACCAUAGUUUCAGUGUGGUCCCACCCUUCAGCAUCCCCUCUGAUCUCCUCCAUCUAUCUGUGCCUCUGUCUACUCCUGUGUGACUGUCUGAUAUCAUAUCUGGCCUCAGGCUGCUCUCUCUAGGGUUGGCUUUGGUUUCUAUGUUUUGGUUUGGUUGUGUGUCAGAGCCAAUUAGGACCGGGGCGAAAUCCUUUAACCUGCUUCUCUCUCCCCACCCUACCCUACCCCACUCCCAUCCCCAUCUACUCUUCCAGUUGAGUCUGCUGCACUGUGGGAGGAUAGCUUAGAAUCCUCCAGUCAAGGUUUGUAAUGUAUCCAUCAGUGUCUCUCUCUCUGCCUCACCAGCAUGAAGGGACACCCACUCUAGCAUCCACUGGAAACCUGCAUGUAUUAGACAAGAUACACAUGACAUCAUCAUCAUUAUGAGACCUCUCUAAACCUUUCUCUAACUGCUCUAGCCUCCACUGGAAACCUGCAUGUGAGUCGUUCCACGAAAUGAGUACCUUUUGGGUAGUGUAACUUUGUGCAAAAAAAAACAACGUUAUUUCACCAAAUGUUUACAUUCUGCCAUCAAGAGCACAUGUUCAAGUUAAUAAAAAACAUGUUUUCCCAUCUCAGAAAUGACUUUAUUAAGUGCCAAAUAAAGUAACAUGGUUGACCAUAACAGGGUUGAUGAUUUCAUCUUAAAUCAGCCAUAAAUCCCCUUGUGACAGGGGGAAUGGAAUCUUGUUGUGUGUAACAGGAAGGGGCAAUUGAAUGCAAGCUUCACAACAACAAAAAAUUAAAUUGUUAAAACAUGUCUAGCUUGUCUAUCUAUGGGUAAUGGAGUUGAUGUCUAAUGCCCGACCAAAACACCAGAAAAUUGCCAAAAGGAGUAGAACCAGCUCACCUGCUUCUACACCAAUGAUGUAUAUAAACCCUGGAUUGCUGAUGCUAUGUAAUGGCCAAUGAGAAGCUUGAAGCCGCUGGCUGCCAUAUUAGGACUUCCCAGAAGGAGCAGUCCUCCAUAGGAAUGAAUGGAAUUCUACAGUAUUUCAAUAAAAUAUUUCAAGGACAAAAUUCUAUGUACACUGAACAAAAAUAGAAGUGCAACAUGUAAAGUGUUGGUCCCAUGUUUCAUGAGCUGAAAUAAAAGAUCCCAGAAAUUGCCCAAAUUUGUUUACAUCCCUGUUAGUGAGCAUUUCUCCUUUACCAAGAUACUCCAUCCACCUGACAGGUGUGGCAUAUCAAGAAGCUGAUUAAACAGCAUGAUCAUUACACAGGUGCAUCUUGUGCUGGGGACAAUAAAAGGCCACUCUAAAAUGUGCGGUUUUGUCACACAACACAAUGACACAGAUGUCUCAAGUUUUCAGGGAGCGUGUAAUUGGCAUGCUGACUGCAGGAAUGUCCACCAGAGCUGUUGCCAGAUAAUUGAAUGUUAAUUUCUCUAGCAUAAGCCGCUUCCAACGUCGUUUUUGAGAAUUUGGCAGUACGUCCAACCGGUCUCACAACUGCAGACCACGUGUAUGGCGUCGUGUGGGCGAGUGGUUUGCUGAUGUCAACGUUAUGAACAGAGUGCCCCAUGUUGACGAUGGGGUUAUGGUAUGGGCAGGCAUAAGCUACGGACAACAAACACAAUUGCAUUUUAUCGAUGUCAAUUUGAAUGCACAGAGAUACCUUGACGAGAUCAUUGUUGUGUCGCCAUCACCUCAUUCGCCUAAUGUUUCAGCAUGAUAAUGCACGGUCCCAUCUGUACACAAUUCCUGGAAGCUGAAAAUGUCCCAGUUCUUCCAUGGCCUGCAUACUCACCAGACAUGUCACCCAUUGAGCAUGUUUGGGAUGCUCUUGAUUGACGUGUAUGACCGCGUGUUCCAGUUCCCCCCAGUAUCCAGCAACUUCGCACAGUCAUUGAAGAGGAGUGGGACAACAUUCCACAGGCCACAAUCAACAGCCUGAUCAACUCUAUGUGAAGGAGAUGUGUCGCGCUGCGUGAGGCAAACGGUGGUCACACCAGAUACUGACUGGUUUUCUGAUCUACGCCCCUACCUUUUUUAAAGGUAUCUGUGACCAACAGAUGCAUAUCUGUAUUCCCAGUCAUGUGAAAUCCACAGAUUAGGGCAUAAUGAAUUUAUUUCAAUUGACUGAUUUCAAUUGACUGAUGUAAAAAACAAAAUUGUUGCAUCUUGUGUUUGAAUUUUUGUUCAGUAUAUUUAAGUAUUUAUUUGUUGUAGUGGGGACAGUAACAUUUUGUACUCUAUAAAAAAAUAUAUUUUAAGGAAUAAUAUGUUUUUAUAUAUAUAUUUUUUGUAAUUGUCAUUUUCAGUUCACUUGAUAUAAUUUAAAAGUGUGCAUUAAGGUGUCUGUAAUAGAAAAUAUUUGUCAAGUGAAUGUAGACAUUGAUAAAAGCAUAAAAUAUUUUUUACAAUGGAGGAGGAGUACCAAAAUGGUUACACGUUGGCUUCAAAACAGCGCCCCUCUGUCAGUCAUCUAUGGUUAAUACAUGUCAUUGUUCUACACUAUGAUUUGACUAUUAGAUGUUCGUUUCUUUCGAUUUUUAUUUUUUUAUAGUUUCACCAUAUUAAAACGAGAGUUCAGUUCACGUAACAGGGUUGACCUUAAAAUGAGGGACAGGUUUUGUUUACCUUAAAAUUAAUCACUAAUCACAUUAAAUAAAUAAUCAUCUUCAGAAAUGACUUUGUCAAUGAAGCAAAACAACUAGGGCUUUACAGUGAUGGUGAAAACAUAGAGAAAGGUUAUGGUUAAAUGGGUUAAAAUAUUCCUAGAAGUAACAGAGGGUGCCCAGGGGGGCACUUUAGCAAGUCUUAAUUAAUAUAAAACAUCUGAUUUAUAAAAUUGUCCAUGUGGUCUAUAUUACAGGACACUUCAUUUAAUAUAUAACAAUCUUUUAAAAUUCAAUAUUGGUGCACAAUUUCUACUUAAAAUAUCAAAGGGACUCAAAAGGGACUCAUUUCGUGGAACGACCCAUGCGUUAUACUAGAUGACAUCAUUAACAUGUGACCUCUCUAAAUCUGUCUCUGACUUACUGCAUCAUUCUAACAGGCAGAUAUUAGCCUCAUCCUGCUACCACCAAGGACUGUCUCAGUGUUUCUCCUAUAUUAAUUUAGCAGUGGCGUACCACCACUCCCAAUAAAGAAUAAUUCAAAUAAUUAACAUUUCUGCCGAGACAAGCUUUUAAGAUCAGAGUGACAACAAGUUACAUAUCUUCCUCCGAUUCUCAUCAGAUCAUCCGAGAAACCUUCAAGGUAACUAACUAGCUAGCUUGUAAUCCUGGAAGUGUAGCCAACUCUAUUAAUACAUGUAUGUACAGUGCAUUUGGAAAGUAUUCAGGAUUUUUUUUGGUACCCUUCCCCAGAUCUGUGCCUCGACACAAUCCUGUCUUGGAGCUCUACGGACAAUUCCUUCGACCUCAUGGCUUGGUUUUUGCUGGUUUUUGCUCUAACAUGCAUUGUCAACUACAGUGCCUUGCAAAAGUAUUCAUCCCCCUUGGCGUUUUUCCUAUUUCCUAUUUAUUUGGAUUUCAUGUAAUGGACAUACACAAAAUAGUCCAAAUUGGUGAAGUGAAAUGAAAAAAAUAACUUGUUUCAAAAAAUUCUAAAAAAUAAAUAACGGAAAAGUGGUGCAAAUAAGAUCUGGUGCAACCAAUUACCUUCAGAAGUCACAUAAUUAGUUAAAUAAAGUCCACCUGUGCAAUAUAAGUGUCACAUGAUCUGUCACAUGAUCUCAGUAUAUAUACACCUGUUCUGAAAGGCCCCAGAGUCUGCAACACCACUAAGUAAGGGGCACCACCAAGCAAGCGGCACCACGAAGACCAAGAAGCUCUCCAAACAGGUCAGACAAAGUUGUGGAGAAGUACAGAUCACGGUUGGGUUAUAAAAAAAUAUCAGAAACUUUGAACAUCCCACGGAGCACCAUUAAAUCCAUUAUUUAAAAAAUGAAAGAAUAUGGCACCACAACAAACCUGCCAAGAGAGGGCCGCCCACCAAAACUCACGGACCAGGCAAGGAGGGCAUUAAUCAGAGAGGCAACAAAGAGACCAAAGAUAACCCUGAAGGAGCUGCAAAGAUCCACAGCGGAGAUUGGAGUAUCUGUCCAUAGGACCACUUUAAGCAGUACACACCACAGAGCUGGGCUUUACGGAAGAGUGGCCAGAAAAAAGUCAUUGCUUAAAGUAAAAAAUAAGCAAACACAUUUGGUGUUCGCCAAAAGGCAUGUGGGAGACUCCCCAAACAUAUUGAAGAAGGUAAUCUGAGCUUUUUGGCCAUCAAGGAAAACGCUAUGUCUGGUGCAAACCCAACACCUCUCAUCACCCCGAGAACACCAUCCCCACAGUGAAGCAUGGUGGUGGCAGCAUCAUGCUGUGGGGAUGUUUUUCAUCGGCAGGGACUGGGGAAACUGGUCAGAAUUGAAGGAAUGAUGGAUGGCGCUAAAUACAGGGAAAUUCUUGAGGGAAACCUGUUUCAGUCUUCCAGAGAUUUGAGACUGGGACGGAGGUUCACCUUCCAGCAGGACAAUGACCCUAAGCAUACUGCUAAAGCAACACUUGAGUCGUUUAAGGGGAAACAUUUAAAUGUCUUGGAAUGGCCCAGACCUCAAUCCAAUUGAGAAUCUGUGGUAUGACUUAAAGAUUGCUGUACACCAGCAGAACCCAUCCAACUUGAAGGAGCUGGAGCAGUUUUGCCUUGAAGAAUGUGCAUAAAUCCCAGUGGCUAGAUGUGCCAAGCUUAUAGAGACAUACCCCAAGAGACUUGCAGCUGUAAUUGCUGCAAAAGGUGGCUCUACAAAGUAUUGACUUUGGGGGGGUGAAUAGUUAUGCACGCUCAAGUUUUCUGUUUUUUUGUCUUAUUUCUUGUUUGUUUCAACCCCAAAAAUAUUUUGCAUCUUCAAAGUGGUAGGCAUGUUGUGUAAAUCAAAUGAUACAAACCCCCCCCCCCCCAAUAUCCAUUUUAAUUCCAGGUUGUAAAGCAACAAUACUUUCGCAAGCCACUGUAUAUAGACAGUUGUGUGCCUUUCCAAAUCAUGUCCAAUCAAUUGAAUUUACCAUGAUGAUCAAGGAUGAUCAAUGGAAACAGGAUGAACCUGAGCUCAAUUUCGAAUCUCAUAGCAAAGGGUCUAAAUACUUAUGUAAAUAGGGUAUUUAUAUAUCUGUUUUUUAUUUGUAAUCAAUUUGCAAACAUUUGUAAAAACCUGUUUUUGCUUUGUCAUUAUGGGGUAUUGUGUGUAGAUUGAUGAGGAUUUUUAUUUAUUUAAUCAAUUUUAGAAUAAGGCUGUAACGUAACAUUUCACUGUAAUGUCUGCACCUGUUGUAUUCGGCGCAUGUGACCAAUAAAAUUUGAUUUGAUUUGAUUUGAUUUGAUUUAACAAAAUGUGGAAAAAGGGAAGGGGUCUGAAUACGUUCCGAAUGCACUGUAAUAAUUGUUAGCUAAAAUACAGUAACGUUACACUAGCUAAAUUAUUUUUUGGGUUAAUAUAGACUUGGCUGGUGAUGUCAUUGAGAUUAAAUUAAACUGUCCUCUAUUCCCCCCCCCCCCCCCCCAAAAAAAAAAACCUAGGGGAAACAUUGUGUCCGCUUGCCUGGUGAUAACGACGAUGAUGAUGAUGAUGAUCUCCUUAAAUGCAUUUCCCUCUUCUCCAUCUCCUAACCCUGUUUAAUUUCCUUUUCUAAGUGACAUCACUACAUGAACUCUCAUGUCUCUUCGUCUUUUACACUUACAGUUCACUGAGUGUCUGAGUGAAAACAGACUAAACUGGGGUGACUUUUAUGUGACCCUCACCAUCCUGCUUGCCAAAAACAACAUCAUCAAAGCCAGCCACUGCUGUUGUUAAUCUUUUACUCUUGGUUUUCCCUGUGAUGGUGUGACGCUAGCUGUGCACUGCAUGAUACUGAGUUACUAUGAACUGCAUGCUGACAUGGAGAUUCAAAUGAACAAGGUGUGCCACUCAGAAAUUGUCCAAAGUCUGGUCCGAAAUCUGACUCUGUAUUUCUGUGUUGGAUCGACAGAUCCCAGACAGUCUGGUGUUGCCAUGGCGAACCCAGCAGGUCCCGUUCCUCGCAGGAUGAAGGCCAUCUUUGACUACGACCCUCGAGAGAGUUCUCCCAACGCUGACAUUGAGGUGAGCGCCGUGAUCGUCUCUGUAACACAAAAGGCUUGUGUUAUAGUAAAAAUUAAAAAAGACAGCAAAGUACACAUUUCUUAUUCAACUGACAAUAAAGUUGUAACUAUAAUGUUGUAUUGUCUGCAAUGUUCCCUCGGAACUGCCGUGCAGAAGAAAUAUCAGCUCACGCAGAGAAGCAGGAGAUUGAACUUCACUCAACUUUCUAGAGAUUUCCCCGUUAGUUAACACCUAUCAACAUUUCCUUUUACUGUGGGAAUUGUGAUUGAAUCAAUGCAAUAUUAGCCACUUUUAAUGCAACAUACCGAAACAAAACGAACUAUGCAAGAUAUUAUGUUGUAGGCAGAACGCGUCGGAGUAGGAUUCUAUUGCAUUGACAGGCACGACUCAAGCCCAUACUCUACAGACCGGUGUGCCAUAACCAAUCAGAGCUGCAGUAGGCCUAUAUGUAAAUAGAUCAUUGCCAUAUAUGGAUCUGUGCCAUUCACUUUGAACUGGAGUGUGUUUACAGCGUGAGCGGUCGUGAGUAGAAAGCGAGAGCUACAUGUAGCAACGUGUGCACAUUUGUUCAUAUCCUUUGCUAGUUAGUGAGUUAUUAGCCCAGUUAUAGAUCAUGUGUAGUCCGCAAUGGGGGAGUGAUCGCUUCCUACAAGAGCACAAAACGUGCUUUCUAGCCAUCUUUGAAAAGUGAGUCAGGUAAAGACCCAUGGGGCGGCGCACAAUUGGCCCAGCGUCGUCCAGGGUAGGGCAGGGAUUUGGCCGGCAGGGGAUGUAUCUCAGUUGGUAGAGCAUGGCGUUUGCAACGCCAGGGUUGUGGGUUCGAUAAAAUAAUGUAUGCACUAACUGUAAGUCGCUCUGGAUAAGAGCGUCUGCUAAAUGACUAAAAUGUAAAUGUAAAGAGCAGUUUUUUGUCUUAAAGGGGUAGUGUUGUAUUUUGAGACAGGCUUGAAUAAGCUAAGUAGCCAAUAGGCAGAGGAUAGCAUAAUUUGUCUGAUUCUCUGUAAUAAUGGUAUGGGAAUAAUGAUGCUUUUUAUUUUGUAAAGUGGUUUCUUGCAUCAAAAAACACAAAAUCAUCAGUCAGCUCCUUGUCUGAAGGACAAGUGGAUAAACAGGUUAUUGUCAAGCCCUGCAUGUUUUUUUCAAAAGUCUCAUGGAAUGUAGGCCUACAUUGAACACAUUGGCUACUACUUUAGGCUGAAUGAUAGAACAGCUAUUCCCAUGUUAAAAUGUUAUGGGAUGCAUUUUCUCCAUUGUUUUUGAUGGUAGGCCACUCUGGUAGGCCUACAUUAUGAUCACAUAACCACAGUAGCCUACUUCACCACUGUUAAAUCUGUAACUUAACGUGGGUACUGCCUCAGUGUUCACAGUAAAAGCGCGCCAAAAGUUGCACAGAAUUUUCACAACGUUCAAGUUUGCGCUCAGCUGACCUGAAAUUUGCUCAGUGACAAAAAAAUGUUUUGGGAACAUUGAUUGUCUGUACUGGACAAUGGAAGCAAGGCUCAAUGCUCAAAGCUCAAGGCUAAUUUGUACCAUACCAGUAAACGGACCUGCAAGUUGGAAAAUAUAUACAGUGCAUUCGGAAAGUAUUCAUACCCCAUCACUUUUUCCACAUUUUGUUACAUUACAGCCUUAUUCUAAAAUGGAUUAAAUAAAUAGAAAAAUCCUCAUCAAUCUACACACAAUACCCCAUAAUGACAAAGUGAAAACAGGUUUUUAGAAAUGUUUGCAAAUUUAUUAAAAUGAAAAACAGAUACCUUAUUUACAUAAGUAUUCAGACCCUUUGCUUUGAAGCUUGAAAUUGAGCUCCGGUGCAUCCUGUUUCCAUUGAUCAUCCUUGAGAUUUUUCAACAACUUGAUUGGAGUCUGCCAGUGAUAAAUUCAAUUGAUUGAACAUGAUUUGGAAAGGCACACACCAGUCUAUAUAAGGUCCCACAGUUGGCAGUGCAUGUCAUAGCAAAAACCAAGCCAUGAGGUCGAAGGAAUUGUCCGUAGAGCUCCGAGACAAGAUUUUGUUGAGGCAUAGAUCUUGGGAAGGUUACAAAACAUUUUCUGCAGCAUUGAAGGUCCCCAAGAACACAGUGGCCUCCAUCAUUCUUAAAUGGAAGAAGUUUGGAGCCACCAAGACUCUUCCUAGAGCUGGCCACCCCACCAAACUGAGCAAUCGGGGCUGAAGGGCCUUGGUCAGGGAGGUGACCAAGAACCCGAUGGUCACUCUGACAGAGCUCCAGAGUUCCUCUGUGGAGAUGGGAGAACCUUCCAGAAGAACAACCAUCUCUGCAGCACUCCACCAAUUAGGCCUUUAUGGCCCGCUAGGAGUUUGCCUAAAGGACUCUCAGACCAUGAGAAACAAGAUUCUCUGGUCUGAUGAAACCAAGAUUGAACUAUUUGGCCUGAAUGCCAGGUGUCACGUCUGGAGGAAACCAGGCACCGCUCAUCACCUGGCCAAUACCAUCCAUACGGUGAAGCAUGGUGGUGGCAGCAUCAUGCUGUGGGGAUGUUUUUCAGCGGCAGGGACUGGGAGACUUGUCAGGAUCGAUGGAAAGAUGAACGGAGCAAAGUACAGAGAGAUCCUUGAUGAAAACCUGCUCCAAAGCGCUCAGGACCUCAGUCUGGGGUGAAGGUUCACCUUCCAACAGGACAACGACCCUAAGCACACAGCCAAGACAACGCAGGAGUGUCUUGGGCACAAGUCUCUGAAUGUCCUUGAGUGGCCCAGCCAGAUCCCGGACUUGAACCCGAUCUAACAUCUCUGGAGAGACCUAAAAAUAGCUGCGCAGCGACGCUCCCCAUCCAACCUGACAGAGCUUGAGAGGAUCUGCAGAGAAGAUUGGGAGAAACUCCCCAAAAACAGGUGUGCCAAGCUAGUAGCCUCAUACCCAAGAAGACUCAAGACUGUAAUCGCUGCCAAAGGUGCUUCAACAAAGUACUGAGUAAAGGGUCUGAAUACUUAUGUAAAUGUGAUAUUUAAGUUAGAUUUUUUAUAAAUUUGCAAACAUUUCUAAAAACCUGUUUUGCUCUGUCGUUAUGGGGCAUUGUUUGUAGAUUGAUGACGAGAUAAAAACAAUUGUAUCAAUUUUAGAAUAAGGCUGUAACGUAACAAAAUGUGGAAAAGGGGGGGGUCUGAAUACUUUCCGAAUGCACUGUAGUCCUAUUGUAACCGCUGACACCCAAAUAGCUGCCGACUUGAACCAUGACUUGAUCUAUAACCUUGUAUCCCAGGCUGAGACAGAGUCACCUGAAGCAGUGCAUUCUAUCCCAACAUUUACCAUCAUACCAGCAAUACGUUACAUGUCCUACCCAAAAUGAAGCCUGUCUGGACCUCUGUAAUGGUAACAUCCCAGGUGCGUAUUUUUCCAAGGCACUACCCAAUCUUGGGAGUUCGGAUCAUAACAUGGUUCAGCUCAUCCCAGUCUACAAACCGCGUUUGCAGCGAGGGAAGACUAAAAAGGUGGAGAUUGAAAGCUGCUGAAGCCCUCCAGGACUGUUUUGAGUCCUCAUGCAUGGGCGGCACUGAUGGACAGAGCCAAUGACCUGGAAGAGGCAGCGGAUACUGUCUCUGAGUACAUCCGUUUCUGUGAGGAUCUCGUUAAUCGCAAAAAGAAAGUCAACAUCUUCCCCAAUAAUAAACCGUGAGUAACUCGGGAAUUAAAAGAGCUCCUCAAUCAGAAAAAACAAGUGUUUAAAUCAGGUGUCAGUAAUGGGGAAAGGAAAAAUAUUCAAAGGCAACUCAAAAGCAAAUUCAAGGAAUGCAAGACAGCAUACAAAGACAAAUUAGAAAACCUUUUCAAGGAAAAGGACAGUAGGAAAGCCUGGCAAGGGCUACAAACCAUCAAAUCAAAUCAAAUUGUAUUUGUCACAUGCGCCGAAUACAACAGGUGUAGACCUUACAGUGAAAUGCUUACUUACAAGCCCUUAACCAACAAUGCAGUUUUAAGAAAAAUAAGUGUUUAAGAAAGUAUUUACUAAAAUAAAGUGAAGUAAAAAAUAGAUAAGUAAAAAAUAAAAAAAAUAAAAAAAUUGAGAAAUAACAAAUAAUUAAAGAGCAGCAGUAAAAUAACAGUAACGAGGCUAUAUACAGGGGGUACCGGUACAGAGUCAAUGUGCGGGGGCACAGGUUAGUCGAGGUAAUUUAGGUAAUAUGUACAUGUAGGUAGAGGUAAAGUGACUAUGCAUAGAUAAUAAACAGAGAGUAGCAGAAGCGUAAAAGAGGGGGUGGGGGGGGGGUCUUAUGGCUUGGGGUUAGUAGCUGUUAAGAAGCCUUUUGGACCUAGACUUGACGCUCCGGUACCGCUUGCCGUGUGGUAGCAGAGAGAACAGUCUAUGACUAGGGUGGCUGGAGUCUUUGGCAAUUUUUAGGGCCUUCCUCUGACACCGCCUGGUAUAGAGGCCCUGGAUGGCAGGAAGCUUGGCCCCAGUGAUGUACUGGGCCGUACGCACUACCCUCUGUAGUGCCUUUCGGUCGGAGGCCGAGCAGUUGCCAUACCAGGCAGUGAUGCAACCAGUUAGGAUGUUCUCGAUGGUGCAGCUGUAGAACUUUUUGAGGAUCUGAGGACCCAUGACAAAUAUUUUCAGUCUCCUGAGGGGGAAUAGGCUUUGUCGUGCCCUCUUCACGACUGUCUUGGUGUGUUUGGACCAUGAUAGUUUGUUGGUGAUGUGGACACCAAGGAACUUGAAGCUCUCAACCUGCUCUACUACAGUCCCGUCGAUGAGAAUGGGGACGUGCUCGGUCCUCCUUUUCCUGUAGUCCACAAUCAUCUCCUUUGUCUUGAUCACGUUGAGGGAGAGGUUGUUGUCCUGGCACCACACGGCCAGGUCUCUGACCUCCUCCCUAUAGGCUGUCUCAUCGUUGUCGGUGAUCAGGCCUACCACUGUUGUGUAUUCGGCAAAUUUAAUAAUGGUGUUGGAGUCGUGCUUGGCCACGCAGUCGUGGGUGUACAGGGAGUACACGAGGGGAUUGCGCACGCACCCAAUGAGGGGCCCCAAUGUUGAGGAUCAGUGUGGCAGAUGUGUUCUUACCUAUCCUUACCACCUGGGGGCGGCCCGUCAGGAAGUCCAGGAUCCAGUUGCAGAGGGAUGUGUUUUAAUCCCAGGGUCCUUAGCUUAGUGAUGAGCUUUGAGCGCACUAUGGUGUUGAAUGCUGAACUGUAGUCAAUGAAUAGCAUUCUCACGUAGGUGUUCCUUUUGUCCAGGUGGGAAAGGGCAGUGUGGAGUGCAAUAGAAAUGGCAUCAUCUGUGGAUCUGUUGGGGUGGUAUGCAAAUUGGAGUGGGUCUAGGGUUUCUGGGAUAAUGGUGUUGAUGUGAGCCAAGACCAGCCUUUCAAAGCACUUCAUGGCUACAGACGUGAGUGCUACGGGUCGGUAGUCAUUUAGGCAGGUUACCUUAGUGUUCUUGGGCACAGGGACUAUGGUGGUCUGCUUGAAACAUGUAGGUAUUACAGACUCAGUCAGGGACAGGUUAAAAAUGUCAGUGAAGACACUUGCCAGUUGGUCAGCGCAUGCUCGGAGUACACACCCUGGUAAUCAAUCUGGCCCUGUGGCCUUGUGAAUGUUGACCUGUUUAAAGGUCAUACUCACAUCGGCUUACUCUACCCUUCAGCUCAUUGUGGAUGUUGCCUGUAAUCCAUGGCUUCUGGUUGGGGUAUGUACGUACGGUCACUGUGGGGACGACGUCAUCGAUGCACUUAUUGAUAAAGCCAGUGACUGAUGUGGUGUACUCCUAAUAUAAUAAAAUAAUAAUAAAUAAUAUGCCAUUUAGCAGGCGCUUUUAUCCAAAGCGACUUACAGUCAUGCAUGCAUACAUUUUUGUGUAUGGGUGGUCCCGGGGAUCGAACCCACUACCUUGGCGUUACAAGCGCCGUGCUCUACCAGCUGAGCUACAGAGGAGAGAGGACCUCAAUGCCAUCGGAAGAAUCCCCGAACAUAUUCCAGUCUGUGCUAGCAAAACAGUCCUGUAGCUUAGCAUCUGCGUCAUCUGACCACUUCUGUAUUGAGCGAGUCACUGGUACUUCCUGCUUUAGUUUUUGCUUGUAAGCAGGAAUCAGGAGGAUAGAGUUAUGGUCAGAUUUCCCAAAUGGAGGGGGAGGGAGAGCACGCAUCUCUGUGUGUGGAGCAAAGGUGGUCUAGAGUUUUUUUCCUCUGGAUGCACAUUUAACAUGCUGGUAGAAAUGAGGUAAAACAGAUUUAAGUUUCCCUGCAUUAAAGUCCCCGGCCACUAGGAGUGCCGCCUCUGGAUGAGCAUUUUCUUGUUUGCUUAUGGCCUUAUACAGCUCGUUGAGUGCGGUCUUAGUGCCAGCAUCGGUUUGUGGUGGUAAAUAGACAGCUACGACAAAUAUGGAUGAAAACUCUCUUGACUACAAACCAAAAAUACAUUGUAUGACGGUCGAAAAUGACCUUACUUUUGCAAAGGUUUGACGUGUGAUUUUACAUUGCAGCAGAAGGUGGCCUUUGACAGUAUAGACAGCAUACCAGCUGUUGAUAUACAUAUCUCUGUGAAUGACGUCAAGCAAUACUUUCAACGCGUCAACCCACGAAAAUCAUAUGGUCCAGACGGCGUCAGCAGCAAGGCACUUCAGGCAUGCGCAGACCAGCUCGCAUUACCGUUCCAGAAGCUGUUCCAGCCGUCACUGAACUGUGGGAUAAUUCCAGACUUAUGGAAGAAGUAACUGAUUGUCCCAGUACCUAAAAACAACAGGCCAAAAUAAAAUAAUGAUUUACGCCAUGUAGCCCUGACAUCUGUACCUAUGAAAUGUUUUGAAAAGAUCAUUCAAAAACAAAUUCUCUCUGGUCUCUCAUCCCAAUUAGAUCCAAACCAAUUCGCCUACCAUGCCUCCAGGGGUGCUGAUGAUGUGUUACUGGUCAUGUUGAACAAUAUCUACGAACUUUUAGAAAAGGCAAAUAGCCUAGUGAAAAUUGUAUUCAUUGACUUCAGUAGCGCGUUUAACACCAUCCAACCCCACCUACUGGUGGAUUUGGGUGUCAACUCUCUACUGAUCAAGUGGAUUAAUAGUUUCCUUGUGAACUGUACUCAACAAGUGAAGUUUAACUCCGCCAUCUCUACAUCUAGAGCGGUUAAUGCGGGAGCCCCUCAAGGUUGCGUACUUUCACCGAUACUGGACACACUGGACACAAACGAUUGUCUGACUCAGCCCACACAUUCUUUAAAUAUGCAGAUGACACCACUGUUGUGGGUUUACUCUACCCAGACCAAGCCUCUCUUCAAGGUUUUGACAGAGAAACGGCAGAAUUCGUCCAGUGGUGCGCUUUCUUGACAUAAACGUUAAGAAAACAAAAGGGAUGGAAAUUGAUUUCAGAAGGAACAAAACUCCACUACCCCCUACGAAGAACAAUGGGGAAUCAGUCAAUAGAGUGACCACAAUGACUGUUCCUUUGCAAAGAUAAAGAAAUUGCAACAUAAUGUUUUUUUUACGCAAACUGAACCAUUUUAAUGUAGACUGCCAAAUCUUACAAAUGUUCUAUAAAUCUGUCCUGCGGAGUGUACUGUCCUUUGGUCUGAUAUGCGUAUUUGGAGACAUGCGAGUGCAAGACCAAAUCAAGCUUCAGCGCUUGAUCAAGACGGCGGGAAGGAUAAUUGGUAUAGAUCAAGAAUUAGCCACCAACCUGUACAUAAAACAUCCUCCUAAAACUUUAAAGCAUUUUACAGGUCAGAACUUAUCCCUUUCACUCAAAACUCAGUCACAGCAGCAGCUGGACAAGGGGAAAGAGACUUAUUCUAAAGAAAAUCAAAAUGGGGACUAUUUUAUUUCAACAGCCAUAAGGAUGUAUAAUAGAUAGUCUCUUGGUUCCUCAAGUAUACAGCAUAUUACACCUCCACUUUAAAUGUGUAGCUAUAGCACUUUCAAUUAAUUAAUUUGUGUAGAUUCUGUGUGUCCAUGUUUUAUGUACUGUCUUUUUAAGCACAUUAUCAAAUUAAUUUCCCCUUGGUGGGAUAAUAAAGUUGAUCUGAAUCUGAAUCUGGUCUUCUCUAUUGCCCUCUGCAGGCUGAGCUGACCUUCAGUGCCGGGGACGUCAUUUAUGUGUUUGGUGACAUGGACGAUGAUGGCUUCUUCUAUGUAAGUGUACAAGCAUACACCUUUUCCAAAGAGAACAAUGCAGCUAUCUCUCUCAUGCAAACGAAAAACUCUGAGAAGGAUGUAAGCAACACCUGAAAGGCAUGACCAUUUGAAUGACAAGGGAAGAUGUUGAAUUAGAUAGUAGUAACAUUAGCUGUUGUUGUAGCAGUAAUACAGUUGUAGUUGAUGAACAGACAGGCUACCAGACUGUCUUUUUUGAUUGACUACGGGAAAGGUUACAUGUGAUGUGGGUGUCUAAUGUGUAUGCGGGUGUCACCAGGGCGACUUGAACGGACACAAAGGCCUGGUCCCGUCUAACUUCCUGCAGGCUAUCCCAGAGGCUCCUGGGAAAGUCCCACCUCCUGACCCUCAGCCGCCGCCGCCUCUAGCAGAGCCCAGGAGAGAAUUACAGGUGUGUCUGUGUACGGGUUACGCCUACGACAAUGUGGACACACAUGUACAGUACAUCACCAACUGCCUUGGGGCCAAACAUUGAUGAUGGCCUAAUAGCCUAAAAAAAAUGUCUAGUCCAUUGCCUCUCAAAGCAUGACUAGAAGCAUGAACAAUUAAAUUUGCUUUUGUGAAGAUGGAGCAUUUGAUGUUGCAGAAGACUGCCAAUCUUUCUAUGCACUUAUCAUCGACCAUUUUUCAAAGAUAUUGUCUUUCAUGUCUAUGCUUUUUCAGUUGUUGUAUGUUUUUGUCUUUUUUUGUUUUUGUCUCUAUAAUUUCCGUUCUGUUUUUGCAUUUCUUUUGUCCUUCUGUUUCCUGCAUGGCCUUUUGCAGAAGCAAAAACGAACUGUGCACUUUAAGACUUGAGCGUAAGUGUCUCUGGGGGGGAAACACCCUCCCAGCAGAGUGCUAGUAACUAGUACCCCCUACUCCCUCCACCUUCUGCUACUCUUUAUCAUUAUCCUUCCUACCUUACCAGUACUAGGACUAGUAUGUGUUGUGUCCUGUCCUUUCGGUCCCCAUGUUCAUGAGAUCAGGCCCAGGGUGGUGUGCUGAUGGGUUGAGAUUUCUGGGUAUUCUCCACUUAUCCAUUCCCGACCCAACCGUUCUCCUAUAUCCCUUGGCCUCCAUGAUUAUUUUUAGACUCCCUGAUCUUUAACACGUUUAGCUUUAGAGAGUAAAAUGUUCUCUCUGUUACAUGUUGAUGUUAGUUGAAUCAGUUCAUGUACAAUGUACGUUACUGACUCUUACUAGGAUUGCUGUUGAUAGUAUGUUACUUAACAGUUUUAGUUGGAUAGACAGAUUCAGUAGAAUCCUGAUAAGAAUAAAGAAACAAAUGAUCAGAAAGUGUUGUAUUCUUAUACUCUGUUUGCAUGGUUUGCCUCCCCAAGGUGAGCCCAAGCACCUCUGUGGAGCAGACAACACCAAAGGAGGUUCCACACCCACCCCUACACACAGGGCUGACUGGCCCAGUCCGCACACAGCUCCACCACCUAGACCUGAAUCCAUCCGCAGCAGCAGCCAUGAUGGACCCCUCCUCCAUGGACCCUGGCCCAGGCGCGUACUACCCCAACCCAGCCCCAAGGCAAGCCGCCCCCAGUCUCAUCACCUCUCCACCCCACGUCCCAGCAGAAAGCCCCUCACAAACAGACCAGACAGAUGCCUCCCCACCAGGCAAGAAAAAGAAAGGCUUCUUCUCCAAAGGGAAGAAGCUUUUCAAAAAGCUUGGAUCCAGCAAGAAGGAUUGA